AUCGUGUGGAAUCGUGUAGAUUCGGGCGAAGUUCGGCUGGGCAGGCACAGCUACUUGAUCGCAUUUUCCGAGAGAUUUUGUCAUUCUUCGCUCGCACCUCAGAAACGAUCGACGUCUUGGUUUCAGUCUCGGGGAUUAUGACUUGAAACAGUUUGAAAAUAGAUAUUUUUUAAAAGAAUAUACAUAUAUCUAUAUCUAAACGCACCACACGCAAUUUAAAGCAGCGACCAAAGAGAUAUAAAUAUAUAUAGAAGUAUAUCAAGUGAAGAAGCAAAUCAAAGAAAGAGUGAUCGCGAGGUGUUCAAUUCUACAGUGCAGUUCAUUCUGCAACGAUUUGGUUGUCAUUUUAAAUGAUAUAUAGUGAUAUAUAACGCAGCAAAAUGCAACGACAAAAUCCGAACCCGUACCAGCAGCAAAACCAGCAGCACCAGCAGGUGCAGCAGUACUCCACCCAGGAGUACUCGCACUCCAGCCAGGAGCAGCACCAGGAGCAAAGGAUUAGCCGCACCGAGCAGCAUGUCCAGCGCAGCCAAGUCACCACCCAGCGGCAAGUGCAACAACAUCAUGGUGGCAGCAUCGGAGGCGCCUACGUGCCCCCAUCGCUGACACACGUGUACGCCCAGGGCGACAUCUCGCCGCCCGUCUUCGAGCAGAUCUUCAAGAACGCUCGCUUCGCCCAGGGCGGCAAUGCCCUGUUCGAGGGACGCCUGCGUGGCAACCCGAAGCCAUUCGUGACCUGGACCCGGAAAGGCGCACCCCUUCUCGAGUCGCAGAAGUUCCGAAUGAGCUACAACGAGGCCACCGGCGAUGUGUCCCUGCUGAUCAAUCAGAUCGGACCCGGGGACGAGGGCGAGUACACGUGCACUGCCCGCAAUCAGUAUGGCGAGGCCAUCUGCAGCGUCUACAUCCAGCCGGAGGGAGCACCGAUGCCCGCCCUGCAGCCCAUCCAGAAUCUGGAGAAGAACAUCUACUCGAACGGAUAUUCGUAUACCUCCAUUGAGGAGGAGUUCCGUGUGGACACGUUCGAGUACAGGCUGCUACGUGAGGUUUCCUUCCGAGAGGCCAUCACCCGUCGAUCUGGCUACGAGCAGGACUCCCAACUCUCCCAGGAGCUGGACCGCAACCUGGGUCCUGCGCAGGCGCCGCAGAUCUCGCAGAAGCCGCGUAGCUCCAAGCUGAUCGAGGGAUCCGAUGCCGUGUUCACCGCACGCGUAGGCUCCAACCCCAAGCCCCGGCUCACCUGGUUCCACAAUGGCCAGCGUUUGGUGGCCUCGCAGAAGUACGAGAUCUCCUAUUCGAGUGGAGUGGCUACGCUCCGCGUGAAGAAUGCCACGGCUCGCGAUGGCGGCCACUACACCCUGCUCGCCGAGAAUCUGCAGGGCUGCGUGGUUUCAUCCGCCGUGUUGGCUGUGGAACCCGCCGCGGAAUCCGUCUACGAACCAAAGCCCGUGGACGUGAUGGCCGAGCAAUUGGAGGCCGGCAAAGCAUUGCCGCCAGCCUUUGUAAAGGCUUUCGGUGAUCGUGAGAUCACCGAGGGUCGCAUGACCAGGUUCGAUUGUCGCGUUACUGGCAAUCCCUACCCCGAGGUCUUUUGGCUUAUCAACGGCCGGCAAGUGCGCGACGAUGCCUCGCACAAGAUUCUAGUCAACGAAUCGGGCAGCCACUCGCUGAUGAUCACCAAUGUGACCCGAUUGGAUGCCGGAGCUGUCCAAUGUCUGGCCCGCAACAAGGCCGGAGAGGUGGCCAUCGAGGCGCAGUUGAACGUGUUGGAAAAGGAACAGGUUGUCGCACCACAAUUUGUCCAGCGUUUCAGCACCAUGACUGUGCGCGAAGGUGAGCCGAUCACCAUGAGUGCCAAUGCCAUUGGAACUCCGCAGCCACGUAUCACCUGGCAAAAGGACGGUGUCCAGAUCUCGUCCACCGCCGAGCGCUUUGUGGGCAUCGACGGAGGAGCCACCUGCCUGGAGAUUCCGCGCGUCACUGCCAACGACGCCGGAUGGUACCAGUGCACCGCCCAGAACAUCGCUGGAUCCACGGCCAAUAGGGCCAGGCUGUAUGUCGAGGUUCCUAGGGAACAACCAAAUUACGAGCAGCGUCGUCUCAAUCUCCCGAGACCAACGAAAGUCAUCGAGCCAGAACCCAUUCCUGGCCCUGAAAUCAUCUACCUUCGCCAUGUGGAGCGCGCCAAGCCCCAUCUGCGCCCUGGUGAGGAGGAUCGCGUUUAUCCGCCGCCUCAGUUCAUCAUCCCGCUGCAGAAUGUGCAGCAGACCGAAGGUGGCCGUGUUCACAUGGAAGCCCGCAUCGAACCAGUUGGCGAUCCCACCAUGGUCGUCGAGUGGUACCUCAAUGGGCGUCCGCUCGCAGCCAGUGCCCGCGCUACAUCCGUUUUCAAGUUCGGCUUCAUUGCUCUGGAUCUUCUGAGCAUUAUGGGUCACGACUCCGGCGAGUACAUGUGCCGCGUGAGCAACGCCAGCGGAGUGGCUGAAUCCCGCGCUAUUCUGUCCGUGGUGCAGCGCCCAUCCAUUGAGCAAUCUUCGCAGAACCCCAACAGUCUGCAGUACAUCAACCAGUUGGAGGACUACUCGCGCUACCAGCGCACAGAGAGCAUCGACGAGCAGCUCAACCAGGCGCCACAGUUCAUCCGCCCACUCCGCGAUCUUGGCGAAUUCGAGGAGGGCAAGAACGUGCACUUUGAGGCUCAAGUAACACCUGUGAACGAUCCCUCCAUGAGAGUGGAAUGGUACAAGGACGGACUACCCAUCACGGCUAGCUCCCGCAUCACUGCCAUCUUCAACUUCGGCUAUGUCUCCCUGAACAUCUUGCACCUGAGAGCCGAAGAUGCUGGCACUUACACCGUGCGGGCAGUGAAUCGCAUCGGAGAAGCCAUCAGUCAGUCCACUAUUCGCGUCCACUCACGUUCGCAAGUCACUGCUGAUCUGGGUAUACCCGAACAGCAGCGUUACAUCGAAAAGGUGGAGGAACUGGAGGAUUACCGAAAGUCCCAGCAGCGUCGUCACGUCCAAGAGGCUGCCGAGGCUAUUGCUCCGCCCCAAUUCAAGACACCGAUCCAGAACCAGUUGGAUCUGCGCGAGCACGCGCAUGCGCACUUCGAGGCAAGACUUGAACCCAUUGGAGACUCAACCAUGCGGGUCGAGUGGCUGAAGGAUGGACAGCCUCUGGAAGCCAGUUCCAGGAUCACCACCUACCAUAACUUCGGCUACGUGGCGCUGACCAUUAAGCAGCUGACCAUCUACGAUGCCGGUACUUACACCUGCCGUGCCUACAAUGCCAUGGGUCAGGAUACCACCGUGGCCCAGCUUUCGGUUAUCUCCAAGAACGAAAUCGUUUCGGAGUCGCAGCACCCAGGUGGUCUGCAGAAGAUCCAGCAUCUCGAGGACUCGUCGCGCUACGGACGUCGCGAGGAGGAGGAGACCUACAUCACUCAGGCUCCCCGUUUCCUCGGCCCUCUGAAGGGAACCACCAAAAUUCUCGAGGGCCAGCGCGCUCACUUUGAGGCCCGUGUUGAGCCCCAGAGCGAUUUGGGUCUGGUGAUCGAGUGGUACCACAACGGUCGCUCCAUCACCGCCGCUAAUCGCAUCCAGACAUACUACGAUUUCGGUUACGUCGCCCUGGAUAUUUCCCAGGUGCGCGCUGAAGAUGCUGGCGUGUACAUCGUGGUGGCUAGGAACAAGCUAGGUGAAGCUCAGCAGCAAGCAACGAUGAUAGUGGAAACUCGUUCCAGUAUCGACACAUCUAGCAUGCACCGCGGCCUGUACGAGAAGACUCAAAACUUGGAAAACAAGCCGUUCGUGGAGCCUCAGUAUGACAUCGAAGAGAUCUCCAAGUCGAAGCCAGUGUUUGUGACACCGCUAAGUGAUCCAAAGCCCAUCCACGAUGGCAAGAACAUCCAUCUGGAAUGCCGCCUUGAGCCGAUGGGCGAUCCCACCAUGCGCGUCGAGUGGUUCCACAACGGUCGCCCCAUUACUGUGGGUUCCCGAUUCCGCACUUACUAUGACUUUGGUUUCGUGGCUUUGGAUAUUAUCAAGGCAACGGCCGCCGAUUCUGGAGAAUACACUGUGCGGGCCACCAACCACUUGGGUACGGCCCACACUUCAGCCUGCGUGCGUGUGAUCGACCACACGGACGUUGUGACUGAGACUCAGAACGAACAGUCGCUGGAGCAGAUCCAAUUGCUCGAGGACUCAAGGCGCCGCCAUCACCAGGAGGAGGAUAUCACCAUCAUGCAAGCGCCCCAGUUUACCAGGGGCCUGCACAACAUUGAGACUAUUGAGGGCACCAACGUGCACUUGGAGUGCCGCCUGCAGCCCGUGGGAGAUCCCAGCAUGCGCAUCGAGUGGUUCGUAAAUGGAAAGCCUGUUAAGACAGGACAUCGUUUCCGUCCCGCCUACGAAUUUGAUUACGUGGCCUUGGACCUGCUGGGCUGCUACGCCAUCGACUCGGGCGUCUACACCUGCCAGGCGAGAAACCAAUUGGGUGAAGCCGUAACCUCGUGUUCCGUGCGAAUUAUCGCCAAGAAUGAUUUGAUUUUGGAGACCCAAAACGAGUCGGGUCUCCAGAAGAUCCAAUACUUGGAGGACUCGACCCGCCAUCGCCGCAGCGAGUUCGUCGACGAGGUGGUGAACAUUCGUCCGCGGUUCCUCACCCACCCCAAAAGCUUGACCAACACCCGCGAGGGUGGUCACGCCCACUUCGAGUGCAAGAUUGAGCCGGUGACUGAUCCCAACCUGAAGGUGGAGUGGUUUAAGAACGGACGUCCCAUCACUGUGGGCCACCGCUUCCGUCCCAUCCAUGACUUCGGUUACGUGGCCUUGGACAUUGUCCAUUUGAUUGCUGAGGACUCGGGUGUCUACACUUGCAGGGCUGUUAACCUGAUUGGCUCUGACGAAACGCAAGUGGAGCUGCAGUGCCGCAGUGGUGAGCAGAUUGUUACUGUCACCCAGAACGAGGCCGGACUUGAGCAGAUCCAUUACCUGGAGGAUCGUUCGCGCUAUACCCGACGUGAGGAAAUCGAUGAAAGCACCAAGCAGGCUCCGGUGUUCACUACAUCACUGAAAAAUGUUGAGAUCAAGGAGAACCAGAGGGCCCACUUCGAAUGCCGUCUGAUUCCCGUUUCUGAUCCGUCAAUGCGCGUGGAAUGGUACCAUAACAACCUCCCACUUAAGUCUGGUUCUCGUUUCACUGAGACCAAUAACUUCGGCUUUGUUGCCUUGGACAUAAUGUCCACUCUGCCCGAAGAUGCCGGCACUUACACCUGCCGUGCCUACAACGCUGUGGGUGAGGCCAUCACCUCUGCUGUAGCUGUUGUGCACACCAAGAAGUCCAUCUACCUGGAGUCCCAGCACGAAACCGCUCUGCCUCGUCUGCAGCAUUUGGAGGAUGGCUCCAAGCGUCAGCGCAUCAGCGUCCAGGACGAAUUCGUGUCCCAGGCCCCUGUCUUCACCAUGCCGGUAAGGGAUGUCCGUGUGGCUGAAAACCAGGCGGUCCACUUUGAGGCUCGCUUGAUUCCAGUGGGAGAUCCGAAGUUGAAGGUUGAGUGGUUGCGAAACGGGCAACCUAUUGAAGCCUCCAACCGCACUACCACCAUGCAUGAUUUUGGUUAUGUGGCUCUCAACAUGAAGUAUGUGAAUCCCGAAGACUCUGGAACCUACACCUGUCGGGCUGUCAACGAUCUGGGCCAGGCGGUUACCUCUGCCUCGCUCAUUGUGCAAUCCAAGACUUCCAUUCAACUGGAGACCCAGCACGAAGCCGCCAUGCACAAGAUCCACCAGCUGGAGGAUCACAGCAGGUACCAGCGCAGGGAGGAGGAGGAGUACACGGUGACCACCGCCCCGGUAUUUGUCACCAAGCUGAUUGGACCCAGCAACCUGGUCGAGGGUCAGAGUGCCCACUACGAGUGCCGCAUUGAACCCUAUCCAGAUCCCAACCUCAAGGUGGAGUGGUUCCACAAUGGAAAGCCACUGAGCACUGGUCAUCGCUUCCGCACCACGUACGACUUUGGAUUUGCCGCCUUAGACAUCCUCACUGUCUAUGCUGAGGACAGCGGCGAGUACACUUGCCGGGUGACCAAUAACCUGGGUGAAGCCAUCAACUCGAUUGUGCUCAACGUGACCUCGCGCUCGUCCAUCAUUCACGAGACUCAGCACGAGGAGGCUCUGACCAAGAUCCAGCAUCUGGAAGAUACUUCGCGAUUCCAGAGGAAAACCGACGAGGAGCAGUUCCACGCCGAACGUCCGCAGUUCGGCCGGCCUCUGCGUAAUGCCAAGGUCAACGAGGGAAGUCCCGUCCACCUGGAGGCCACAUUAAUUCCUGUGAAUGAUCCCACCAUGAAGGUGGAGUGGUACUGCAACGGCCGGCCCAUACAGACUGGUCACCGCUUCAAGACCACCUACGAUUUUGGCUUCGUGGCGUUAGAUAUUCUGUAUGCCCAUGCCGAAGACACCGGCACCUACAUGUGCAAGGCCAAGAACGCUAUUGGAGAAGCUGUCACGACUUGUGCUGUAAACGUAACAGCAAACAAGACACUCGAUCUGGACACCUUGGAUGCUCAGCGUUUGGAGAAGAUUCGCCAACUGGAAACAUAUGCGCCUCCUCCUAAGCCCGUCGUGGAGGAGAAGGGCCAGAAACCCAUUUUCCUCACACCGCUAAGCAACCUAGAACACUUGAAGGAGGGCGAGCACGCCCACUUGGAGUGCCGAGUGGAGCCGAUCAACGACCCCAACCUAAAGAUUGAGUGGUUCUGCAAUGGCAAGCAGCUGCCUACCGGUCACCGUUACCGCACUACCCACGACUUCGGUUACGUCGCUUUGGACAUUCUUUACGUCUAUGGCGAGGACACCGGCACCUACAUUUGUAAGGCAACCAAUCAGCUGGGUGAGGCUGUAAACACCUGCAAUGUGCGCGUGUUGAACCGGCGCAGCAUGAUCUUGGAUACCCAGCAUCCCGAUGCUCUGGAAAAGAUUCAAAAGCUGGAGUCGAAGGUGCCGAAUGCCCGUACCGAAGUUGGAGACGCUCCAAUCAGUCCACCACAUUUCACCGCCGAACUUCGCGGCUCCACUGAGAUCUAUGAGGGUCAGACCGCUCACUUUGAGGCCCAGGUCGCUCCAGUCCACGAUCCUAACUUGCGCAUUGAGUUCUAUCACAAUGGCAAGCCUCUGCCGUCCGCUUCUCGUUUCCACAUCACCUUCGAUUUCGGAUACGUGUCUUUGGAUAUUACUCAUGCUGUGGCCGAGGACGCCGGAGAAUAUUCCGUGCGUGCUGUUAACGCUUUGGGCCAGGCUGUGUCCUCCACGAAUCUGCGCGUUAUUCCGCGUGGCACCAUCAUUUCGGACACCCAGCAUCCCGAGGGACUGGAGAAGAUCCGCAAGCUGGAGUCGACUGCGCCACAUCAGCGCCAGGAGCCUGAGACACCCGGCACUCGCCAGCGCCCAGUGUUUACUCAACCUCUUCAGAACAUCGACAGGAUCAAUGAACACCAGACGGCUCACUUCGAGGCACGCUUGAUCCCAGUGGGAGAUCCCAAUCUGAAGGUGGAGUGGUACCGCAACGAAAAGAUCAUUGAAGAUAGCUCCCGUAUCACCAAGCAGCACGAUUUCGGUUUUGUGUCGCUCGAUAUCUCGCAUAUUCGCAAGGAGGAUGAGGGCGUGUACAUGUGCCGCGCCGUCAAUCCUCUGGGUGAGGCAGUGACCACUGCCUCCAUGCGUGUGGUAUCCGAGGCCAGCAUCCAAAUGGAUACUCAGCAUCCGGACAGUAUCAGUCGCAUCCAUCAACUGGAGAAACCACUGGCACCACGCCCCACCGAACCGGAGCGCCUGUUCGAGAAGCCCAUCUUCACUCAACUGCUCACUGGACCCUCGGAGCUGUGGGAGGGUGCUCAUGCACACUUCGAAGCACGAGUCGUGCCUGUCGGAGAUCCUUCGCUGAAGUUUGAGUGGUUCAUCAACGGCGUGGAGCUUCAAAUGGGCUCUCGCCUGCGCACCACCCACGACUUUGGUUUCGUCACCUUGGACAUUACUGCUGUGGUGCCGGAGGAUGCCGGUGUCUACAUGUGCCGUGCUUACAACGCCGCUGGUGAGGCUGUCUCUUCUACUGCCAUGAAGGUUAAGACCAAGUCGAAUAUUGAUGGUCAGCCUUUGAUCCCAGAGUCUUGGGAGGCGAUUCGACUGAAGGAGGCUGCCAUGAAUCGUGUACCAGAGAUGUUUGUUGACUCGACACCCCAACAGGCUCCGGUCUUCACAACCCAUCUGCAGAGCUACGACAAGCUGCAUGAGGGUCAGCACGUUCUCCUGGAAGCCCAAGUGGAACCGCGCGCGGAUCCCAACCUGCGCAUUGAGUGGUUUAAGAAUGGCGUUUCUCUCACCACUGGCUCCCGAAUCCGCAGUACUUUUGACUUUGGGCUGGUUACACUGUCCGUCAACGGACUGCGUGCUGAUGACUCCGCUAUUUACACCUGCAAGGCCACCAACCAAGUUGGCGAAGCUGUUUCGACCUCAUCUCUUAAGAUCGAAGAUCGCCACUGGCUUCAGGCCGAGUCCUUGCAUCCAGAUUCGUUGCCCCGCAUUGGAGAGCUUGAGGCGCCCAAGGAGGGACGACCAGAGGCUCCAGAGCCCACUUACGAGACUCCUGUGUUUAUUACUCAUCUUAACAACAUUGAGUGCAAGGAGAGCGACAAUGUGCGCUUCGAGUGCAACGUGGAGCCGGCUCGUGAUCCUACCAUGUCCAUCGAGUGGUUCUACAAUGGACAACCGCUGCAGGCCGCUGCCAAAUUCAAGUCCAUCUACGAUUUUGGCUACUGCGCUUUGGAUCUGACCAACUCUUAUGCUGAGAACAGCGGUAUUUACACCUGCAAGGCUACUAACAGCAAGGGAUCUGCAACCACCUCGGGCACUCUCAAGUGCACUGGUGGCAAGACCAUGUUCCUGGACACGCAGCAUCCGCAGGGAGAGGCUGGUCUUGAGGCUGUUCAGGAAACCGAGGAGGAGCUGGCCAAACGCUACACCAGCAAAUCGACAAAGCCCGAGACACAGUAUCCACCACCAGUUUGGACGAAGCCACUGCAGGCCGAGUUCCACUUGUCGGAGGCCCAACCCAUCCAUUUGGAAGCCAACGUGGAGCCCAAGGAGGAUCCCAACCUGUUCAUCGAGUGGUACUUUAACGGCAAAAUGCUGAACCAUGGUUCUCGAUUCAAGAUGACCAGUGAAUUUGGUUUUGUUACCAUGGAUAUGACCGAGGUUUAUGCGCGCGAUCAGGGCAUCUACACUUGCAAAGCGUAUAACAAGGCUGGAGAGGCCUUUACCUCUACCACCAUCUUCUGCUCGAGCAAGGAGAACAUCAUCGAGUCAACUCAGCACCCGAAGGGAGCCGAAGGCCUUGAGCAAAUCCAGGACCUUGAGGACUCCCUCCGCAAGGACGGCUCUAAGCCAGAACAGCCGGAUCUCGGCAUCCCACCACGCUUCACCACUGAAUUCGUUAAUAUUGCAGACAUUGGUGAGGGCGAACUGGCUCACUUUGAGGCCAAUCUCAUCCCUGUCGGCGACCAGAGCAUGGUCAUUGAGUGGUUCUACAACGGCAAGGUUCUGGAGGCCAGCCAUCGCGUGCGUACCAUCUACGCUUUUGGCACGGUUGCCCUGGAGGUUCUGGGCACCAAGAUCGAAGACACCGGCACCUACACUUGCCGCGCGACCAACAAGCAUGGAACUGCUGAGAUCAGCUGUAACCUGGAGUGCGUGGACAAGCCGAGGGGCCAGAAGCCGCGCUUCACGUCCCACAUCCAGCCGCUGGAGGGCCUGAAGGACGGACAGUCCGCUCACUUCGAGUGCACUCUGAUCCCAGUCAACGAUCCGGAGCUCAAGGUGGAGUGGUAUCAUAAUGGCAAGCUGUUGCGUCACUCCAACCGCAUCAAGACGGUGUCCGAUUUUGGAUACGUCGUAUUGGAUAUUUCCUAUCUGCAGGAUCAUGACAGUGGAGAGUACGUGUGCAGAGCCUGGAACAAGUAUGGCGAGGACUUUACCCGUACCACUCUCAACUGUGGAGGCCGUGGCGGAGUGUUCUAUGAUAGCUUGCAGCCGGAUUCACUGCAGAGGAUCAGGGAGCUCGAGUGCCCACAAGGACAACAGGCAGACACUUCCGCUCCUCUGGUCGCUGAGCCACCCAAGUUCAUCACCCAGAUCGUCGAUGUCACCAAGCUGGUGGAGGGACAGUCCGCUCAUUUCGAGGCACGUUUGACUCCAAUCACCGAUCCCGAUUUGGUGGUGGAAUGGUACUUCAACGGCAAGAAACUACCCCAUGGUCAUCGCUUCCGCACCUUCCACGACUUCGGCAUUGUUAUCCUGGACAUUCUGUACUGCUACGAGGAGAACUCUGGUGUAUACGAGGCCAGGGCCCGUAACAAGUAUGGUGAGGAUGUUACUAGGGCUUCGCUCAAGUGCGCCUCGAAGGCAAGCCUCAUUUUGGACUCCCAGCUGCCGCGAGGAAUGGAAGGGGGUUUGGAGAAGAUCGCCAACCUGGAGUACAGCAUGGUCCGCACUCGCGAAGAGACCACCGAAGAGACCAAGGGCAAGGCUCCCGUCUUUACAGUACCGCUGGAAAACAUCGAAAAUCUGCGCGAGGGUGAAAAUGCCCACUUUGAGGCUAGGAUUACCCCGGCCGAUGAUCCCAAACUGAAGGUCGAGUGGUACUGGAACGGUCGUCCAUUGAAGGCCGGUUCUCGUUUCCGUACUUUCUGCGACUUCGGCUUUGUCAUUUUGGAGAUUUCUCCUGUGUAUCCCGAGGACUCCGGCGAGUACUCUUGCCGCGCCAUCAACGAGUAUGGUGAGGCGGUGACCACCGCCACCAUGAAGAUCCAGGGUAAGCGCAGCAUCAUCAUGGAAUCUCAGCUGCCCAAGGGCAUGGAGGGAACUAUCGAUCGCAUCGCCGAACUGGAGGGCUUGGGCUCCCGCAGCACCGAGUUUGUACCGGAUGACGAUACUGGCAAGCCACCAGAAUUUAUCACCUCUCCCUUCGAUAUGGUUAUCGGCGAGAACGCUCUGGCUCACUUCGAAUGCCGUCUCCAGCCGAUUAAUGACCCAUCGAUGCGUGUGGAUUGGUUCCACAAUGGCAAGGCCUUGUGGGCUGGUUCUCGCAUCAAGACCAUCAAUGAUUUUGGCUUCGUAAUCCUCGAAAUCGCUGGAUGCUAUCAGCGUGAUUCGGGAUUAUACACUUGCAAGGCCACAAACAAGCAUGGUGAGGCCACGGUCUCUUGCAAAUUGCAGGUCAAGGGCCGCCAGGGCAUAGUUAUGGAGCCCCAGUUGCCCUCCAACUUCCGCACCGGCACUGAGAGUCUGCAGAAACUGGAGGAGACCAUGCAUAAGCGCGAGGAGCUUGUGAUUGAAGACGAACAGCCUAACCCACCGAAAUUCACGGAGGAAAUUAAGGACAAUUUGGAUGUUCCCGAGGGUGGUCCAAUCCACUUUGACUGCCGUGUGGAGCCUGUGGGCGAUCCAACCAUGCGCAUUGAGUGGUUCUAUAAUGGACAUGUUAUGGCUACCGGAUCUAGGGUCCAUCAGCUCAACGACUUUGGCUUUAUUGCGUUGGAUGUGGACUACAUCUAUGCUAGGGAUUCAGGCGAGUAUACUUGUCGGGCAACCAACAAGUGGGGCACUGCCACCACCAGCGCAAAGGUCACUUGCAAAGGAAAGCACAAUAUUGUGUACGAGUCGCAGUUGCCAGAGGGCAUGACCUCUGAAAAGCUAAAGGAGCUGGAGCGAGGACGCAUCCCAGAAGCACCGAAGGUGGUGGAGGAGGAGUUUGGACCACCAAAGUUCACCACACAGAUCACUUCUGUGACUGUCGAUGAAGCCGAGGCCGUGCGAUUUGAGUGCCAGGUGGAACCCAAGACGGAUCCCAGCCUGCGCGUGGAAUGGUACCGCAAUGGCAAGCCCUUGCCUUCCGGACACCGUUAUAGAAAUAUCUUCGACAUGGGCUUUGUUUCCCUGGAUAUUCUGUACGUUUAUGGAGAGGACUCUGGAGAGUACGUGUGCCGCGCAAUUAACAACCAUGGCGAGGAUCGCACCAGAGCCACAGUGUCCUGCAAGAAACUCCCUACCAUCCUACUCCAGAACCAAGUGCCUCGCGGAAUGAAGCGUUCAGAUGCUCUAACCCAAAUGGAAGCUACCAUCAAGAAAUAUACAUCGGAGGUCCAUUUGACAGAGGAUGAUCUAUUCGAUCCGGAUCGCAAGCAACCUCCCCGCUUCGUUACGCAGAUCAAGGAGCAGCUUACUCUUACCGAGAUGGCGGUCACCAAAUUCGAAUGCCAGUUGGCUCCCGUGGGAGAUCCCAACAUGAAGGUCGAGUGGUUCUUCAAUGGCAAGCCAUUGCUGCACAAGAAUCGCUUCCAGCCCAUUUACGAUUUUGGUUAUGUGGCAAUGAACUUUGGCUGGGUUUAUCCCGAAGACAGCGGAGAGUACGUGUGCCGUGCCACCAACUUGUAUGGCAAGGACGAGACUCGUGCCUUUAUUAAGGUUUCUGGAAAGCCAGGAAUCGUCUAUGAUUCCCAGCUGCCCGCACACAUGCAGAGCAUUGACCGCAUCCGAGAAAUGGAAGCCUCAUGGCAGGUGGUGCCCGAAGAGGUAGAUCCCGAUGCCAAGCCCAGAACCAAGCCAGUCUUUGUGAGCAAACUGGAGCCCCAGACUGUGGAGGAGGGUGAUCCAGCUAGAUUCUGUGUUCGUGUCACCGGCCAUCCACGUCCGAGGGUUAUGUGGCUGAUCAACGGCCACACUGUCGUUCAUGGCUCGCGUUACAAGCUGACCAACGAUGGUAUGUUCCAUCUGGAUGUCCCGAAGACACGUCAGUACGAUACUGGCAAGGUUGAGGUGAUUGCUCGCAAUUCUGUGGGCGAAUCGAUUGCCACCACUGAACUGAAGGUUGUUGCACGAUCGGACGAUUAUCGUAAUGUGCUGAAGAAUUCGCCACGUCCCUGGUACGAUUACGAACUAGCUGCCUAUCAGAAGGAGCGCCAGGAAAACGAGUUGGAAAAGGUAUUCGAUGAGCGUAAGCAGGUGCUUUCCGAACAGAGCACCCACACCUUGAAGGGCGUGGAGCACCUGAAGCCCAAGCAAUACAAGCCACCCACUCCGGACUGGCAGCAAAAUGUCAAGGCCAAGAAGAGCGAGGAUUACUACAACAAGCUGCAGACUCUGGAAACUGAACAGCUGCUGAAGGAGACCAACCUGCGAAGGGAUACCCAUCAGUACGCCAUUCCCGGAGAGAAGGUCGUGAGCAGUUCCCAGGCCAAGGGAAUGGCUCAGUCUUACGAAGAAAAUCUUCAAGAGAAAACCAGCACUACUCAAGUGCAGGCUGCCCCACCCAAGGGUACUGCCCAACCGUCCGAAUCAUUCGUCCAUGGUCGCGAGGUUCAUAUGAACAAGCAGCAGCAGGUGCAGAAGGAGAUCCAGGGUGACCUUGAGAUUACACGCAAGAUAACCGCCACCGAAACAACCGAGGUUGAGCAUAAGGGAACCAUUCAGGAGCGUGUCGUUCAGGGACCCGUAAAACCGUCCAAGGCUCCGGUCUUCACCAAGAAGAUCCAGCCAUGCCGCGUCUUUGAGAACGAGCAGGCCAAAUUUGAAGUGGAAUUCGACGGAGAGCCCAAUCCAACGGUUAAAUGGUACCGUGAGAGUUUCCCCAUCCAGAACUCCCCGGAUCUGCAGAUCCACACCUUUAGCGGCAAGUCGAUUCUGAUUAUCCGCCAGGUGUUCGUCGAGGACUCCGCAGUCUUCUCGUGUGUGGCCGAAAAUCGUGGAGGAACUGCAAAGUGCAGUGCCAAUCUUGUUGUGGAGGAACGUCGUCGCGCCGGAAAGGGUGGCAUUCAGCCGCCUAGCUUCGUGACCACCAUCCAGAGCACCACUGUGGCCACUGGUCAGUUGGCUCGCUUCGAUGCCAAGGUUACGGGAACUCGCCCGCUCGAUGUUUACUGGCUUAAGAACGGCAUGAAGAUUCAGCCGAGCAUCAAGUUCAAGAUGCUGGAGGAGGACAGUGUUCACACUCUACUUAUUAUCGAACCGUUCGCCGAGGAUUCCGGUCGCUACGAGUGUGUGGCCGUCAAUGCCGCUGGAGAGGCCCGCUGCGAUGGUGACUGCAUUGUGCAGUCGCCCAGCAAACCGGAGAAACCAACAACUCCGGGCAGCGAGAAGGCCCCACACAUUGUGGAGCAGCUAAAGAGCCAGUCCGUCGAGGAGGGAAGCAAGGUUAUCUUCCGCUGUCGAGUGGAUGGCAAGCCCACUCCCACCGCCCGCUGGAUGCGUGGCGAGAACUUUGUGAAACCAUCACGCUACUUCCAGAUGAGCCGCCAAGGCGAGUACUACCAGCUGGUCAUCUCGGAGGCCUUCCCCGAGGACGAGGGUACCUACAAGUGCGUGGCCGAGAACAAACUGGGCAGCAUUCAGACCAGCGCCCAGCUUAAGGUCCGUCCAAUCGAGAACCUAGACGCCCCGCCCACCAUCACAGCCCUUAAGGAUGUCUCCGUCACCGAGGGCAUGCCCGCUCAGUUUAAGACGACGGUGACCGGCAAAGUGAAAGCCACCAGCGUCCAAUGGUUCCGCGAGGGUCAGCUGAUUCCCGAAACACCGGAUUUCCAGAUGAUCUUCGAUGGCAACAGCGCUGUACUCCUGAUUGGCACCACCUACGAGGAGGAUUCGGGCAUCUUUACUGUGCGCGUAACCUCGUCCACCGGCCAGGUCGAAUCCUCAGCCAAACUGACUGUUAAAAAACGACGCAUCUCGGCCUUUCAAUUGCGAACGAUUGAUUCCGCCGAGGAUGAGUCCUCUUCCUCUGGCCGGGAGGACAGUGCCCCCGAGUCGCCACACGCUUUCCAACCUGGCCAGCAACCCGGCCAGCAGUUUGGUCAAUUCCUGGGCGUCAACGGGCAGGGUCAGCAUCAGGGAAGGUCGCGGCAGAAGAAACCCAAGGUACGCAGCAAGUCGCUGCAGCCGGCUACAAAGGUGAUACCAUGGCGUAAGUCAUCGCGUCCCACUCGAGGACGUUCCCUGGACAAGGGAGUUUUCCUGCCAGGAUUUAAGCCUGAACCUGUUAAGUCCUGGACUGAGGAGACUAUUAGCCUGAAGGCUACGCCGAUUGAAAAGAAAAAGCCCGCGCCAAAACUAGAGGCAGCUAAGGUUGUACUGAAGUCCAUCAAGACCGAACGGGAUCAGGGCAUCAUGAGUCUUGGCGCUACCCUGGAACAGAUAAUUGCCGGAAAAACCGAAAAGGAAGCGAUUCCUUGGAUCACUAUGCGUGAAAAACUUAAGGCAGUCGAGAGUGUUCAGCAACAGCUCAACAAAUUCGAUCUAGAUGAGGUCUAUCUGCAACCCUUUGAAGGCCAAAUUGAAACAGAUGAGCAGCUGCCACAGCAGGCUCAGGUGGAACAGGUGCAGCGCACCAAGGAAAUCCAGCGCCUGAAGAGCAUGGAAAGCGUUGAGAUUAUGGAGAUGACUGACCAGAUCGAUAAGCUGAUCACCCAGCAGCAAAACGCCAAAGAUCUCAUUCCCUGGAAGGAGAUGCGCCAGCAGCUCAAGAGCGUCCAACGCGUUACUAAGCAGAUCGACAAGAUUAAGAUUGAGGAAGUCGAGCUCCGUCACCUGCAGGCUCAACAAGCCAUUACGGAGGAGUAUCAAACAGGAACAGCCGAGGAGACUGUGGUCAUGAUUGAUGAGAGCUCCAAGGGCUCGAUCUCUAAAGUAAUGCGUCGCGAUGAACUGCAGCAGUACGAAGAUCAGUCCAAUAUCUAUAGGCAGCAGUUUAUCACCACUGAGGAUGUUAAUAUUAUGCAUGUUUCCGAGCGCGAGAAGCUGGAAGCCCAGAGAUUGAUACGCGAACAGCAGGCUGUAAAUUGGCGCCAACAGCAACAGCGUCCUCAGUUGCAGCCCCUGACUUCAGUUGAGGAUACAGUGAUCUCUCAGACUACUGAGAGACAGAAGUUGGUGCAACAGCAGAGCUUCAUCGAGGAGGCUCAGCGUCAGCACUUUGUGCAGGUCGAGGACUCCCAGAUGAUGAGCCUGGAGCAGUAUGAGCACCAAAAGAUGAUUAACCAGCGAACCCAACAAGAAGCCUAUAGCUGGCGACAGCCACGUGAGCCCCAGAAGUUUAUUCAGGUGGAGGACUCCUCCUUGCUUCACUUACAGGAACGUCAGGAUACGCAGGAACAGCAGCUGCUGCAACAACAGCCUGUAAUGUGGGAUCGUGGCAGAAAGAAGCCCGAUCAACCACAAUAUGUGCAACCCCAGGCGGAGCCUGUUAAGGAGGAAUACGUGGAGAAGCCAAAAACGUACGAGGAAAUGCACGACGAACUGGUUGAGCCAACCCCUGUUCAACAACCUCAGCCGGUACCAGUUAUGUGGGAGCGUGGCAAGAAGAAACCCCAGCCCCAGCAUAAGACCUUCGAAGAGGCGCACGACGAGUUGGUUGAACCCACUCCAGUCCAGCAACCAGAGCCCGUGCCAGUCAUGUGGGAGCGCGGCAAGAAGAAGGUGGCUCAGCAGGAGACUAUUUUAUCCCAGGAAGUGGUGCAAACUUCUAAGGUGGUCGAACAACAGAUAGUUGAGGAAACAAAGAAAACGGCUGUUAGACGAGUGAUACCACCAAGAGAGCCGGAGCAGAAGGUGGAACAGGUUACCUUGAAGCCAACACCCCGACCUCGUCCUAAGGAGGCUCUAAAGACUGAGGAGAUUCAAUUGAAACCCUUGAAAAGUACCAGACCCGUACCACAACAAGUGGUGCCGGAACAGAAAGCCUACGAAGAAGCUACGGAUGAGUUGCCCGAAGAGCCACUAUCUCAAGUACAGGAUCAACCGCAGCCUGUCAUGUGGGAGCGGGGCAAAAAGAAGCCCCAACUACCCGAAGAGCAAGUUCCCGAGAUUCCGAAAACUCUUGAGAUUGCAGUCGACACGCUUGAGGAGGAAGUGCCUAAGCCAACAGAACCGCAACCACAACCUGUUUUGUGGGCGCGUGGCCAGAAGAAGCCUCAAAAGGCUGAUGAGCAAAAACCGGAGCUUCCAAAGAGUCUCGAGAUUGCCGUCGACACUAUAGAGGAGGACCUUAUCAAGCCCGUUCAACCUGAACCACAACCUGUUCUUUGGGAACGCGGCAAGAAAAAGAAACCGCAACCUCAAGACGUAGUCGAAGAGAAGGUGGAGGAAGCUCCGACCAAGACAUACGAAGAAGCGGUUGAUGUUUUAUCCGAGGAACCUAAGAUUGAGGAGAAGCCAGAGCCUGUCUUAUGGCAGCGUGGUAAGAAGAAGAUUCCCAAGCCGGAGUCCAUUGAAGAAGUGCAUCAGGAUGAGGUAGAUGCCCAAAUAGAGACGGUAGUAAACGAAGAUGUAGUCGUUCUCGAAGAAAGACGCCGAAUCAAGAAAGCCAAAAAGCCUAGGCCAACGAAAGAAGUUACCGAGGAGUUGUUUGAAGAACAGCCGGAAGAAGAAAUAUCUCCAGAAGAGGAAGUGCCGCAGGAAGAAGUGAUUGAAGAACUUGAGGAAAUUGUUGAAGAAAAACAUAGGGUCAAGAAAACGAAAAAACCUAAGCUAAAACAGCAGGUGACCGAAGAGGAAAAAGCCGAUGAAGAGGCAAUCGAAGAGUCUGAAGAAGUGGUUCAAGAACAGGAAGAGAUUGUUGAAGAAAAGAAAAAGGUCAAGAAGGUGAAGAAACCCAAGGCGGAGAAACAGCUCGAAGAAGACGAAAUCCCAGUAGAGGAGGCUGUUGAAGAGGAAGAAACUGUUGAGAAGCAGCAAUCAGUUGUUGAAGAAAGCGAAAAGGUUAAAAAAGUAAAGAAACCAACACGAACGGUUGAAAAGCUUGAUGUCCAGGAACUGCCAGAAGAGGAUGUUCCGGAAAAGGAAAUUCCAGUGGAUGAGCCCAUCGAGGAGGAGGAGGAGAUCGUUGCCCAAGAAGAAAUUCAGGAACAAAAGCGAAAGGUCAAAAAAGCAAAGAAGCCCAAGAAGACUAUAGAAAAGACCGAAGUAGAAGAAGACCAACCAGAAGAGGACGUUCCCCAAGAAGAAAUAGUUGAGGAGCAGGAAGAAAUAAUAGAAACUAUACCCGAAGAACCCAAGAAGCCUAAGCCUGCGCCCGAAGAGGAAAAGGUUGAGCAAAUCGAAAAGGUUUCACUGAAACCUGCGCCAAGAAAACAACGUCCUCUGCCCGAAAAAGAACAAGUGGAGGAGGUUUUGCUUAAGCCCGUGAAAAAGAUUGCUGCUGUCUCGGAAACAGAACAACCUGAAACACCUGAAACGGAAUUUGAGGUGAAAGAGUUCGUCAUCACCACUCAAGAGGAUAUACUGGAUGUAACAAAGAAGCGAGUUAAAAAGAAGAAGCCAAAAACAAAGGUUGCAGCCGAAGAAUCAACUGAAGAACCAGCUGAAGAAACUGAAGAGUUUGAAGAAGAGGAAGCCCAGCCGGAAGACGUGCAACCAGUUGAGGAAAUUCCGGAGGAGCAACCAGUAGAGGAAGUUGUUGACGAACAAAAAACGGCACCCAAGCCAAAGCCAAGAAAAGAAGAAAUCAUCGAGAAGGUUGAAGAAGUGGCUCUUAAGCGGGUUAUUCGGCCAAAGAAAGAGCUACCUCAAGAGGCGACCAUCGAGGAAGUCCGUUUGAAGCCUACUCAACGUACUUCUAUCAAGCCCGAAGAAGUCAAACUAGAGGAAGUGGACUUGCAGCAUGUGGAGAAAAAAGAGGAUGAAAUCGUUCAGGAAGAGAAACGAAAGACCAGGAAGGUUAAGAAGCCGAAACACGAAGACUUGCCGGAAAUUUCUGAUGCUGAGCCAACGCAACUGGAAGAGGCUGAACACAUUGAUCUUGAGAAACAGCCAAAGCCUGAAGAGGAGCAGCCUCAGGUGCCAUGGAAGAGAGGUGAAAAGAAACAGCCUGUUGAGGAAGUCCUGGAGGAAAAGAAAUGGCCAUCUGGAAAACGCCGCCCACUGCCUGAACAGCAGCCGGAAGAAGUUCAACUAAAGCCAAUUCCAUCUAAGCCAAUUGAAGAACCGCAAAAGCCAGAGAAGGCCAUACCUGGUCCGCAUCUUGUGCCAGAAGAAAAGCCUGAAAGCGAAGAGGAGGAACUGGAACUUGAACCUCUUAAGCUGCCCGAGGACAAGCAGCUAAAAGAGCCGAAGGCUAAGAAGGAGAAGAAGAAGAAGCCCAAGCUGAAGAAGGCCACACCAUCAGUAGAUGAGGUGUCCGAGGAAGUGGCUGAGCCCUUCGACGAGCCCAUUGCAGAGGAAGAUGAAGUGGAAGAAAUGCCAGUGGACGAUGUCAAGGUCGUGGCAGUAUCUGAAGACGUACUGCCUGAAGAGGAAGUUGUGCCCACAGAGGAGACUCCUGAGGCAAAGCAGAAGGCGCACAAGAAGCGCACGAAGCGACUAAAGGAGGCCUCCGUAGAAGGUCAGCCUCAGCUGCUAGAAGCGGCCAUUGCUGAAAUCGAAAAGGUGGAUGAAAUAUCCCAGGAGAUCUCACAAAAGACUAUUACCCUACUCAAGAAGACUGAAGACACAAGACCUCAAUUCAUAACGACUGAACAGCUUAUCGAGCUGGAUGUGGAGGACGUACGACGCGAUCUGGAAAUGAAGGUCACAUCGAACAUCAUUAAGAAGGAGAAGCGUCGCGUGGUGCUGGACGACAGUCAACCGUUGCCUGAGCUGGAGCUUAUUACCCAGAAACGAAUCCAAGAGGGCAUCGACAAGGUGGCCGAUGAGGAGCUUAUAGAGGACCAGCAGCUUACCCAAAACCAGCAGGAGACGACUACCUCUGAGGUUAUCGGUCAGGAGCGCAAGCUUGUCAAGAAGAAGAAGAAAGAGAUUAAGCCUCCAAGGAUCACCGAGAAAUUGCGGCCACGCCAAUGCGUUCCCGAGGAACCCACCGUGCUAGAGUGCAAAGUGGAAGGAGUUCCAUUCCCAGAAAUAAAAUGGUACUUCAACGACAUUCUUCUUUUUGCUUCUGAGAAGUACGAGAUUACUGUCAUCGAGCAAGUGGCUAAGCUUAAGAUAGCCAAGGUCACUCCCAGUGAUGUUGGCGUCUAUACAUGCGAGGCCAAGAACGAGGCUGGAGUGGCAACAAGUCGUACCAACAUUAUUUUAGAAAAAGAACAAGGAGUGCCCCCCCAGUUUACAAAACCACUUAAGAUUGAGUUUAUUGAGGAGAAGCAGCCCGAGCGGCUUAAGGUUACGGUGACUUGUCAAGUGACAGGAAAACCAAAUCCUCAGGUCAAAUGGUAUAGAGGAAUAGAGGAAGUUAUACCCAGCGAAACAGUUCAAAUGUUCUAUGAUGAAAAAACCGGCGAUGUGGCCCUGGAGGUUAUCAACCCCACACCCAAUGAAGCAGUUGUCUACUCUGUGCAGGCGCAGAAUCAGUUUGGACGUGCCAUUGGCAAUGCCAAUAUCUUAAGUCGGGUCGAUGAAGUUCCUCGGGAGAUACUGAAGGCCCCUACCGUAACUCCACUGAAUGCUGUUGUUGUACCUACUGGUGGUACACUCUUCUUUGAAGCGAAAUACGAUGGUUUGCCUAGGCCUGAAAUAAAAUGGAUGCGCAAUGGCCGCGAGGUAAUCGAGAAUGAGGAGACCAUCAUAGAAACUACAGAAACAACCACCACAAUAAAGGUUGUCAAUAUGACUCGCAAACGAACUGGCAAAUAUGAAGUGUGGGCAAAGAACAAGGUGGGUGAAGCCAAGUCCUCUGGGUCAGUGGUGGUUUCAGAUCAAAAGCCCGACGAGCAAAUCAAGCCACCUAGAUUUAUUCAACCCCUAGAGCCCAAAUACUUUGGCGAGCACGAAGUGGCCAUUAUCGAAGCGAUUGUGGACUCUGAGCCAUUAUCGUCCUUCCAAUGGUUUGUGCACAACGAGCCAAUCAAGAGUUCAAACGAAGUGCGUAUCGUUAGCCAGGCCAACAAGUCAACGUUGCUGAUUGAAAAUUUCCAAAGCAAGUUUGUCGGGCCUUUUACUUGCCGGGCAGAGAAUGUGGGUGGAUCGGUAACGUCUACGGCCACCGUUAACCUAAUUGAAUCUCUGCCACAAGAGGUGGCCGAGGAAUUUGAGUCGCCGCGCUUUGUUGAGGAACUCAUUCAACCCGUGGAGGUUAUGGAUGGCGAGGCAUUGCUGCUGACCUGUCAAGUAACAGGGAAGCCUACUCCUAAGGUGGAGUGGUACCACAAUGCGGAGAAGAUCACUGAGAACAAGGAAACUACGAUAUCGCAGGACUUGCAAGGCGUUUGCCAGCUGCAGAUUACGGAAGUAUUCCCCGAAAACGAGGGCCAAUACGAGUGCGUGGCCACAAAUAAAAUUGGCAAGAGCGUCAGCAAGACAAACGUUAAAAUACAAGCAUUUGAAUAUAUCCCCGAUUCUGAAAUCACUGGACUCACAGGAUCUGAGGAGGAUCUACUUGAUAGAACCCUCUCAAUCGACGAACAAGCUCCGAAAAUUAUUAAAAAACUACCGGAGAAAAUCGAGCCAAAAGAAGGCGAGCAAGCGAAGCUGGAGGUUAAGGUCGUUGGAAAACCGAAACCGAAGGUCAAAUGGCUGCGCGACGACGAACAGAUAUUCGCCUCCGAGGAAUAUCAGAUCGAAAAUUUCGAAGACGGCACCUCAGUGUUGGUCAUUAACCACGUCUAUCCCGAUGAUUUGGGUACAAUUAGUUUCGAGGCAUACAAUCCACUCGGUGUGGCAGUGACUACGGCGCUCUUUGCGGUCGAAGGCAUCGUUGGUUCGAAGGAUUACCGCAAGCCGGAAUGGGUGACUCAAAUGGAGGAAAUGCAGGUGGCUCUCAAAGCUGCUAAAUGCUCGCCUUCACUACUAAACGAAAUGCGUGACUGCCGUGCUGCCUUAGGCGAAACAGCCAAGUUCUCGAUACAGUUUGCUGGCAAUCCGAUACCAGAUAUUCAGUGGUAUUUCAACAACGUUCAGCUUAGGGCAUCCGAUAAGUAUCGCAUGGUAGUGCAGGAACAUGAAGCUACGCUAGAAAUACUGAAAAUUACAAGCGAAGACUGCGGUUACUAUAACUGCAAGCUCAUCAAUGAGAUCGGCAUGACGAUGACUCGGGCCAAGUUCGACAUAUCAUCCACGACCACCAUAGUGGAGGAAUCCAAGGCCAAGACAACCGUCAAGAAGAAGUCUGGCAAGAAAACCUUGGUGAAAAGAUCCGGCACAUCAGAGUCCCAGAACGUGCAAAAGACAGAAAUCCGUAUUAUUCCAACUAGCACGGUAGAGACUAGCAUGAAUGUGAUCAAGGUGAAACAGCCCGUAUCCAUACUCGUAGAAAAGAGCGAAAAAUCCGAGGUAUUUGCUGUGAAAGAUCGGAAAGUUGCCGAUGCCGAAGAGCGUAGCAGCCAAUUAAUCGAAGAAAUAGAAGAGGAGGAAGAGAUUGAGGAGAAAGUCCAGCAUGACGAGGAGGAUGAAGUUGAGGUGAAAGUAGAGCAGAAGGAAACAUAUACGUCUAGCAAGAAAAUUGAGAUAUCUAAAACUGUGGAGCUGAUACGCACAAAAAUUAGCGAAAAGAUCAUAACAAUAGAAGAUGUUCAAGUCCUUUCGCACCAUGAGGAGGUACAAUGGCUGCUCGAGUCCAUCGAGGCCGAGUCUUUUGGCCAAAUUGGCGAGUCUGCCCUUAGAGAUUUGGCAACUAUUGGUCUGCUAUUGCGUUAUGGCUGUGAGCACUACGAAAUCACAUAUAUGUAUGAGCAAAACAUAUUUAUUUCGCUGAAGAAACCAGAGUCCCAAUCGGCCCUGGUGCAGCUCGUCGAACGAGAGGGCCACGAAGAACUGAUCUCCCAAAUACUUAGCGAGUCUUCGAAUGAAGACGAGACCAUCCUAGCAGCCACUGUCGGCUUCAAGGCCUUCAUACGCAUGAUUCAGACGUACGAAAUCACUAUUGAGAUCGUCAUACGAAAGUUUGUUAGGGAGGACUUCAUAUCGCAGGACUGGAAGAUAUGUGGAAAGGAGAGAAUAGUAGAGACUUCGCAAAUAAUUGAAAGUCACGAGGCCAUCACACAUGUGAAAAUAGAAACAGCAACCACUAAAGUGGAAAAACAAUUCAAAAAGCAGGAACAAGAACAUGUGCAAAAUAUAGAACAACAAGAACAAGUGGUUAUUCAGGCUCAGACUAAACAAAUUGUGCAGAUAAACACCAAAAUCAAAAAGCAUAAAAAACACAUACAACAAGAACAAGAUGUUUCGGAGUCAACAAUUCAAUACGAACAACAAGAAACACUGGCUCACGAAACAAGUGCAGACUCACCACAGGCAGAAACUCUUGAACAAAUUGAAGAGUCCCUGCCCACAUACGAAACACUACCCAUACAAAAUCUUUCAACAGACACGCUUGAAACCGUUGCACUGGCAGUCACCACAGAACUUUCUACUCCAAGCCCAAUUGCGGCUCGGGUACAGGAGGAGAUACUACCCCAAAAGGUAUUGGCCAUCAAUGAGGAGGUUUUACCACUCGAUGAGUUUGGCCUGCCGAGGGAAUCUCCCAAGCCCGAAGAAAACAAGCUUACCGAAAAUAUGGAAGUAAGGUUAAAGCAUGCUCUUAAUGUGUCACAAGCAAAGACGGUUGAGUCUCCGAGGGAAUUGCCUUCCAAAAUACCGAAAUCCGUUAAAGCCCAGCGGAAAAUGAAAGAGUCACGUUCCUUGGAGGUUGAAGCUCCAAGCGCCGAAGAAGCUAUCGAAGAUCUAAAGCCACUGAAGGCCGUUUCGCAAAAGGUACAUGGCGACAUAUUAGUCUCGCAUGAGAUAACCGAGGAACAGCACCAUGCACUGGAGACCAUUGAGAAGCUAAAGCCCACCGCUGCCAUUGAGGAAACCGUUCAGCAGAAACUGCUGAACCAGGAGGAGCUUAUUAUCGCGGAAGUGCUAGCAUCCGAAACUGUUGGAAGGGAUGUCACUGAUGUUAGGCCACCGGGUGAAAAGAUUUCUCCUCGAGUUACCCCCAACAUGAGCCUUUGCAUUACCGAGUGCCAACCGGAGGAUUCUUUAGGCGAGAUGCAACAAGUUGCUAAAGGUCGUCUGGAGACAUCUUCAACGUCGGUAACGGAAUCUAAGGCAGCUGGUGGACAGGAAGUGGACGUUUUGGAAAGCGUGGACGAUAUGCCAUGUAUAACCCAGCCGACCAAGGGCUUGGCUGAUUUUACCAUUAAAGCCGAGGACGUUCCAGUACAGGUACAAGAAAUUACAACUUUUGAGAGUUUGCAAAGAGAAGCGGUGACCAAGAAACAGACUGCCGAAAGUAAUGCAAUUGAAUUGUUCGAGUUAGCCGAGGGUUUAGUCAACAUUACCGCAGAUUCUCAUAGUCCAAUAGCCGAGGAGUUGCCUAUUUUUGAGAAAGAUGUAAAAGAAGCCACGAUAGAUAUGCAAACGCAACACCACGUAACAACUCUCGAAACAGUUUCAAAUGAAGAUGCAGUAAAGGACUUGAAAUCAGGUGAUAUUCCGAAAAUGGCUGAGGGCACAUUGGGGCAAUCUAGUGCGUUAACUAUUGGGGAAACGCAGCAGAUGAACGUUGUAGAAACUGCAGUUGAGCUCAUCGAACCAAAUGUUGAAUCAACAAAACCAGCUAAGGGCGCCUUAACAGAGGCAUAUGGCACAGCCGAGAGUAACGAAGAAACCCCCCUCGAAUCACUCGGUUUGGUGCCAGACGACAAUCGCAAGCUAGCGCAAGGGAAAGUAAAUAUUAGUGAAGGGGAGUAUGUGGCAAAAGUUCAGACUACGAUGGUGACUGACACAGAGCAAGAUAUUAUUUCUGUAGCUCCAAAACUGGUGGAUGCCAAAUUCGAUUUCGUCGAGCAAUCUGCGUUGCAGAUUAAGCAGAAUACGACAGCGGAGAAGGAGGAGAUUCUAUAUCCCAAUAUAGAACUGCCACCACAGUUAGCUGUAUCAAAUAUGUUCCCUGCUGAGCUAAAGGUUACAAGCAUAUACGAAGUUCAACCAGGAGUGACAUCAAGUGAUAUCAUCACGGAGGAAACGAAGCCUGUAUCUGCACAUCAAGUCUUUGAGACGAUGCCAGUUGGAGUUGCUAGUAAGCCAGCUAUGUUAGAGAGUACUAGUCACAUUGAUGCCUUCCAACAUCCUGAGCUCAAAACAGGGGCCACCAUUCUGGAUGAAAACCAACAACCUUUAGAAGUAACCAACGUGCAGAUAACCGAGUCAAGUACGGAUAUUACUGAUGUAUUUCCUAAUCAAAAGCUUACUAAUGCCGAAGCUGUCACCGAUGCAUUUGAAUAUGCUGAGGGCUUAGUUGUAAUUUCAAUGGAGUCGACAAUCGAUAAAGUCGAAGACACCAAACCGACGGCGGUAAUUGCAGACAUAAGCAUGCAUCAACAAUUUGGAACAGAUGUUAGAGAGCAGGAGCCCCUAGAAAGCACUGAAACGCACAAGGAGGAUCUAAAGCCUCAGACGCAAACAACAGAAAGCCAGUUUGGUUUGCUGCAAUCUCUGGAAACCAGCUCAUGUGUAACCUUAGAAGGAGAAAGCAUUCUAUCAGUUAAAGAGCCCCAUCCCAUGCAAAGCGCAUCUAUUGGAGCUUCGUCUGCCCUGCAAGUGGCUAACAGCAUGAGACCCCAGCACAUGGAAACUUUGGAGGGGCUAGAUGAACAGAAGAUGCCUUCUUAUCAGGCAAAUGUUAAUAUUGGGGAAAUCACUAUACCAAAUGUUGAGAAAAUCGCUUCCUUUGAUGUCCUCAGCGAUUUGGAUAUACCAGAUUACACAAAAUCAUCUGUAAGUCGUGUACAGUUAAUUGAAAGCACAACAUCGUUAAACACGACAACAGCUGUUGUAAGUGAAAGAACAGAAGAAUUAAAGGACAUAAGCAUUACCCAACCAGUUCAUAUCAAGCCUAGGCCUUAUGAAUCUGACCAGAAAAUCUCUAUUUCCGCGGAAACAAAUGUUCUAGAACAUGUUUCGAACUUGAACACGGUAUUACCCACAUUGGGAACGAUUCAAUCUUCAAUUAAAAGUUUACACGAGAUACAUGUACGAGAGACAGAUAUUUUGGAAAAAGAGGAGUCCCUGCAAGAUGUUGCUCAACCAAGUGGUCGUCUGAUUAAAAUUGUAUUGGACUCCACGACGGGCAUCGCACAAGUUCGACAAGAAGAAACCCUAGAGCAAGAGGAGGAUCUUAAAGUUCCCUCAUUUCUGCCGGAAAAGGCAAUACCUGGUUCUUCAGAGUUACUUGGGUUGCCUCUAACUGAAUACGUUCAAGCACAGCAAGGUAUUGGCGACAUGGUGGAUUUCAAAGUUUCAAACAUAUGUGCUUCUCCUAAAAUUGAUCAUUUAUAUGAAACAAACUCAUCUGAAACGAUUGUGUACGACUCGUCUAUAAAAUCAGUUGAUUCUUCGUUCCCAGGUGGCAUAGUGCCUCAAAAAUCGCUGGUUCCCUAUCGGCAUACAAUGGUGACAGAAAACAUUGCUUUUGAUGCAUCUGAUAAUUUCGAAAUCGUGUCUGCCGAUCAACAAAUCGCAACAAAUGUGCAAGAUAGCCUAAGUCAAUCGAUAAUGGCAGAGGAUCGAAGAACAUUCGAGUCUGCACAAAAUCUGAGUCCCGAAACUACCCCUACCCAAAAAGCUAAACUUCUAAAGGAUGAUCAAAAUCUUCAUGCUAAACUCGUGGACGAAGCCGCAGUAUAUGAAGCCAUGGGACAGGAGCAAAAUGUAGAUAAAUUUAACUUACAGCAAGCGGAGGUCACUCACGAUCUAACUCAAGUUUAUUCAACCGAUCUGCAACAAGCGUUUGAUGCUGAAAAAGAGCUAAAGAGUCGUAAGCAAACUUAUGAAGCAGCAACAACGGAUAUUAUUCCAUCGCGACUUGGUUUGGCGAUAACUACAAAGACGCACCCUGUCGACGGAACUGAUGUUCUGUUAAGUUUGCCUCCAAACGCAACGCUUGCGCAGACAAACUAUGAAGAAACCAAAUAUGAAAUAGAUGUCAGCGAAACCCAAGCGAUGGAGGAAUCCGAAGAACUCACAGAUGCACGUUUGCGUCCUAUUUCCGCUGUCGAGUCGAUUGACCUUAUGUUUAAGGUGACAUCAGAUUCUCAUCAACCACCAGUUUUCCAUAAAGAGUUAUCAAUACCGACUGUAUGCCCAUUGGAGGCCAAAGCAAACCCAUCUUUGAAUCUACAUCAAGGAGCCACCACAUUCGAUGUCACUCCCUUAGAAUCAUCCGUACAUAUUAAAGAUACUCAAGUCGCUGUGCAAAAGGCGCAACAGGAGUAUGUCACUCAGGUGGAGUCAAAUAAAGUUCAAGUUCAAACGGAUAACCUAGUUAUGCAUAAGGAAGAUAUUUUAGAAAUUGCCGAGAUGGCGAAUUUUGGUAAACCAAUUACUGAAGGCACGCAGCAGGAAACAGUUGUUAUUGAAGUGGUGCCAAUAGAUAAUGUGGGUGGUAUUCAUUUAGCCCCAGAGCCAUCUAAAUUUUUAGCCACUUUCACAUCUACCGAUAUAAUCAAUCAUUCGCACAUUGUACAAACACAAGUUCCAUUAGAAAUGGAAAGUGAAGCUCAAGCUGUUUACGACAACAUUGCCCAAGCUAAGGUCAAAUCAGCUGAAGUCCAAGUACAUACAAACGUAUCUGAAGUCAAUGCUUACGAAGAAACUAAAGCUAUUCAACAUCAAAACAAGCAGGGCUCAUUUGUUAAAGUAUCAAAGGAUUCUGAUAUAAGCAAUGCUCAUUUGACAACAAUACAAUCGACAUUCUUAAAAGAGGACAUCCUACCCAAACCUAACAUUCUUCAGGAUACAGCUCAAGCUGGUAAUAUUGAACUCCAAUCUUUGGUAACCGAGGAAGUUGUGAGCGUAAGGUCUAUCCCAGAAACAUAUGAACUUCAAAUUCCAAUAGAAGAAACAGCUAACGUAACUCAGCAAACUCCACAGAAUUCUGUAAAUGUUUGUCAGGAACUUGCAUAUGAACAAACUCCUGACAUUGUGUUUGAGCCGCGCGUAUUAAUGCGCGCAACCUCUAGUUCUGUAACGACAGAUCUUGAACCAGCCGAAAAUGAAACCGUUAAUAUUUAUGAAAACAUUGAAGGGCAUGGUGAUUUUAGGCCGAAUACUGCAAACCUCACUUCCAAUUUGGAUUCCGAAUUGGUAGUUUCGGUAGUAGAAGAGGUGACUUCGGUACCAUCCUUGGGCAGCCUUGCAACGGUCGAACCCCAGGAGCUGAAAUCAGUGUCAGUUUCCAAAUCAUUAAAAAAUGUUGCGUACACCGAGGAACUUGCCUUUGAAAGUUUUAGCCCACAUGCACAGGUUAUUGUAGAAAAAGAUAAAUUGCUUAACACUCAGGGAGAUGCAGAAGAAUACUUUGAAAACAAAACUUCAGUCACACCAGAAGAACCCAACAUGUGUAAUGCAGCACCGAGUCAGAUUUGUACCAAGCCAACCAUAAAAGAGGGAAGCACAAAAAAUGCUUUACAAACUUCACAAUUUGAAUCAGAGUCGAUCCUUGAAAUUUCACCACUGAUUUCCCAAAAUGCACACUUUGAAACAAAAACACACGAAGAGGCAUAUUCAACGACCACUGAGUCACAAGCAACAAUACACGAUUUAAGAGAUGACAUUGAUAGUACUCAAAAGAAAUUAAUGCAGGAUGUUCAAAAGAUUAAUAAAUUAGCGACAAAGAACUCUGACAAAACGGUAAAAGUCGAAAAGGAUACAAAUCAAACCACAGACACAACACACAAAAAACAAAUAACACCAACACAAAAAUUAGAAUCCAGCUCGAAUCAAAUCACAGAAUCGCCAGAAAUUAUUAAAACUAUUGAAACAAUAUCUGAGGACGGCUCCCCGAAAAAACAAAUGAUUCGAACUCGUGUAAUAAAAAAGGUAAAGGGUGAUAAGCAAGAAGUCACUAAGAUUGAAACUGUCGAGGAGGACGACAAACAACCCGAAACAAUAGUCACCGUUGAAGAACUUCCGUUUGAAGAAGAAAAGCCUGAAGAAAUUCAGGAGCUUCCGGAGGAGGUUCGCGUCGUUGAAACCAUUACGGAAGAUGGCAAGCCUAAGAAGAAGAAGAUCCGCACUCGUGUUAUUAAGAAGGUCAAGGGUGAUAAGCAAGAAGUUACCAAGAUUGAAACUGUCGAGGAGGAUGACAAACAGCCCGAAACAACAGUCACUGUUGAAGAACUUCCGUUUGAAGAAGAAAAGCCUGAAGAAAUUCAGGAGCUUCCGGAGGAGGUUCGCGUCGUUGAAACCAUUACGGAAGAUGGCAAGCCUAAGAAGAAGAAGAUCCGUACUCGUGUUAUCAAGAAGGUCAAGGGUGACAAGCAAGAAGUCACUAAGAUUGAAACUGUGGAGGAGGACGACAAACAGCCCGAAACAACGGUCACUGUUGAAGAAGUUCCGUUUGAAGAAGAAAAGCCUGAAGAAAUUCAGGAGCUUCCGGAGGAGGUUCGCAUCGUUGAAACCAUUACGGAAGAUGGCAAGCCUAAGAAGAAGAAGAUCCGCACUCGUGUUAUCAAGAAGGUCAAGGGUGAUAAGCAAGAAGUCACUAAGAUUGAAACUGUCGAGGAGGACGACAAACAGCCCGAAACAACGGUCACCGUUGAAGAACUUCCGUUUGAAGAAGAAAAGCCUGAAGAAAUUCAGGAGCUUCCGGAGGAGGUUCGCGUCGUUGAAACCAUUACGGAAGAUGGCAAGCCUAAGAAGAAGAAGAUCCGCACUCGUGUUAUCAAGAAGGUCAAGGGUGAUAAGCAAGAAGUCACUAAGAUUGAAACUGUCGAGGAGGACGACAAACAGCCCGAAACAACGGUCACCGUUGAAGAACUUCCGUUUGAAGAAGAAAAGCCUGAAGAAAUUCAGGAGCUUCCGGAGGAGGUUCGCGUCGUUGAAACCAUUACGGAAGAUGGCAAGCCUAAAAAGAAGAAGAUCCGCACUCGCGUUAUCAAGAAGGUCAAGGGUGAUAAGCAAGAAGUCACUAAGAUUGAAACUGUCGAGGAGGACGACAAACAGCCCGAAACAACAGUCACCGUUGAAGAACUUCCGUUUGAAGAAGAAAAGCCUGAAGAAAUACAAGAGCUUCCGGAGGAGGUUCGCGUCGUUGAAACCAUUACGGAAGAUGGCAAGCCUAAGAAGAAGAAGAUCCGCACUCGCGUUAUCAAGAAGGUCAAGGGUGAUAAGCAAGAAGUCACUAAGAUUGAAACUGUCGAGGAGGACGACAAACAGCCCGAAACAACAGUCACCGUUGAAGAACUUCCGUUUGAAGAAGAAAAGCCUGAAGAAAUUCAGGAGCUUCCGGAGGAGGUUCGCGUCGUUGAAACCAUUACGGAAGAUGGCAAGCCUAAAAAGAAGAAGAUCCGCACUCGCGUUAUCAAGAAGGUUAAGGGUGAUAAGCAAGAAGUCACUAAGAUUGAAACUGUCGAGGAGGACGACAAGCAGCCCGAAACAACAGUCACCGUUGAAGAACUUCCGUUUGAAGAAGAAAAGCCUGAAGAAAUACAAGAGCUUCCGGAGGAGGUUCGCGUCGUUGAAACCAUUACGGAAGAUGGCAAGCCUAAGAAGAAGAAGAUCCGCACUCGCGUUAUCAAGAAGGUCAAGGGUGACAAGCAAGAAGUUACCAAGAUUGAAACUGUCGAGGAGGACGACAAACAGCCCGAAACAAUAGUCACCGUUGAAGAACUUCCGUUUGAAGAAGAAAAGCCUGAAGAAAUUCAGGAGCUUCCGGAGGAGGUUCGCGUCGUUGAAACCAUUACGGAAGAUGGCAAGCCUAAGAAGAAGAAGAUCCGCACUCGCGUUAUCAAGAAGGUCAAGGGUGACAAGCAAGAAGUUACCAAGAUUGAAACUGUCGAGGAGGACGACAAACAGCCCGAAACAACGGUCACCGUUGAAGAACUUCCGUUUGAAGAAGAAAAGCCUGAAGAAAUUCAGGAGCUUCCGGAGGAAGUCCACGUCGUUGAAACCAUUACGGAAGAUGGCAAGCCUAAGAAGAAGAAGAUCCGCACUCGCGUUAUCAAGAAGGUCAAGGGUGACAAGCAAGAAGUCACUAAGAUUGAAACUGUCGAGGAGGACGACAAACAACCCGAAACAACGGUCACUGUUGAAGAACUUCCGUUUGAAGAAGAAAAGCCUGAAGAAAUUCAGGAGCUUCCGGAGGAGGUUCGCGUCGUUGAAACCAUUACGGAAGAUGGCAAGCCUAAGAAGAAGAAGAUCCGCACUCGCGUUAUCAAGAAGGUCAAGGGUGACAAGCAAGAAGUCACUAAGAUUGAAACUGUCGAGGAGGACGACAAACAACCCGAAACAACGGUCACUGUUGAAGAACUUCCGUUUGAAGAAGAAAAGCCUGAAGAAAUUCAGGAGCUUCCGGAGGAGGUUCGCGUCGUUGAAACCAUUACGGAAGAUGGCAAGCCUAAGAAGAAGAAGAUCCGCACUCGUGUUAUCAAGAAGAUCAAGGGUGACAAGCAAGAAGUUACCAAGAUUGAAACUGUCGAGGAGGACGACAAACAACCCGAAACAACGGUCACUGUUGAAGAACUUCCGUUUGAAGAAGAAAAGCCUGAAGAAAUUCAGGAGCUUCCGGAGGAGGUUCGCGUCGUUGAAACCAUUACGGAAGAUGGCAAGCCUAAGAAGAAGAAGAUCCGCACUCGUGUUAUCAAGAAGGUCAAGGGUGAUAAGCAAGAAGUCACUAAGAUUGAAACUGUCGAGGAGGACGACAAACAACCCGAAACAACGGUCACUGUUGAAGAACUUCCGUUUGAAGAAGAAAAGCCUGAAGAAAUUCAGGAGCUUCCGGAGGAGGUUCGCGUCGUUGAAACCAUUACGGAAGAUGGCAAGCCUAAGAAGAAGAAGAUCCGCACUCGUGUUAUCAAGAAGGUCAAGGGUGAUAAGCAAGAAGUCACUAAGAUUGAAACUGUCGAGGAGGACGACAAGCAGCCCGAAACAACAGUCACCGUUGAAGAACUUCCGUUUGAAGAAGAAAAGCCUGAAGAAAUUCAAGAGCUUCCGGAGGAGGUUCGCGUCGUUGAAACCAUUACGGAAGAUGGCAAGCCUAAGAAGAAGAAGAUCCGCACUCGUGUUAUCAAGAAGGUCAAGGGUGAUAAGCAAGAAGUCACUAAGAUUGAAACUAUAGAGGAGGACGACAAACAGCCCGAAACAACAGUCACCGUUGAAGAACUUCCGUUUGAAGAAGAAAAGCCUGAAGAAAUUCAAGAGCUUCCGGAGGAGGUUCGCGUCGUUGAAACCAUUACAGAAGAUGGCAAGCCUAAGAAGAAGAAGAUCCGCACUCGUGUUAUCAAGAAGGUCAAGGGUGAUAAGCAAGAAGUCACUAAGAUUGAAACUGUCGAGGAGGACGACAAACAGCCCGAAACAACGGUCACCGUUGAAGAACUUCCGUUUGAAGAAGAAAAGCCUGAAGACAUUCAGGAGCUUCCGGAGGAGGUUCGCGUCGUUGAAACCAUUACGGAAGAUGGCAAGCCUAAGAAGAAGAAGAUCCGCACUCGCGUUAUCAAGAAGGUCAAGGGUGACAAGCAAGAAGUCACUAAGAUUGAAACUGUCGAGGAGGACGACGAACAGCCCGAAACAACGGUCACCGUUGAAGAACUUCCGUUUGAAGAAGAAAAGCCUGAAGAAAUUCAAGAGCUUCCGGAGGAGGUUCGCGUCGUUGAAACCAUUACGGAAGAUGGCAAGCCUAAGAAGAAGAAGAUCCGCACUCGUGUUAUCAAGAAGGUCAAGGGUGAUAAGCAAGAAGUCACUAAGAUUGAAACUGUCGAGGAGGACGACAAACAGCCCGAAACAACAGUCACCGUUGAAGAACUUCCGUUUGAAGAAGAAAAGCCUGAAGAAAUUCAAGAGCUUCCGGAGGAGGUUCGCGUCGUUGAAACCAUUACGGAAGAUGGCAAGCCUAAGAAGAAGAAGAUCCGCACUCGUGUUAUCAAGAAGGUCAAGGGUGAUAAGCAAGAAGUCACUAAGAUUGAAACUAUCGAGGAGGACGACAAACAGCCCGAAACAACAGUCACCGUUGAAGAACUUCCGUUUGAAGAAGAAAAGCCUGAAGAAAUUCAAGAGCUUCCAGAGGAGGUUCGCGUCGUUGAAACCAUUACGGAAGAUGGCAAGCCUAAGAAGAAGAAGAUCCGCACUCGUGUUAUCAAGAAGGUCAAGGGUGAUAAGCAAGAACUCACUAAGAUUGAAACUGUCGAGGAGGACGACAAACAGCCCGAAACAACGGUCACCGUUGAAGAACUUCCGUUUGAAGAAGAAAAGCCUGAUGAAAUUCAGGAGCUUCCGGAGGAAGUUCGCGUCGUUGAAACCAUUACCGAAGAUGGCAAACCUAAGAAGAAGAAGAUCCGCACUCGCGUUAUCAAGAAGGUCAAGGGUGACAAGCAAGAAGUCACUAAGAUUGAAACUGUCGAGGAGGACGACGAACAGCCCGAAACAACGGUCACCGUUGAAGAACUUCCGUUUGAAGAAGAAAAGCCUGAAGAAAUUCAAGAGCUUCCGGAGGAGGUUCGCGUCGUUGAAACCAUUACGGAAGAUGGCAAGCCUAAGAAGAAGAAGAUCCGCACUCGUGUUAUCAAGAAGGUCAAGGGUGAUAAGCAAGAAGUCACUAAGAUUGAAACUGUCGAGGAGGACGACAAACAGCCCGAAACAACAGUCACCGUUGAAGAACUUCCGUUUGAAGAAGAAAAGCCUGAAGAAAUUCAAGAGCUUCCGGAGGAGGUUCGCGUCGUUGAAACCAUUACGGAAGAUGGCAAGCCUAAGAAGAAGAAGAUCCGCACUCGUGUUAUCAAGAAGGUCAAGGGUGAUAAGCAAGAAGUCACUAAGAUUGAAACUAUCGAGGAGGACGACAAACAGCCCGAAACAACAGUCACCGUUGAAGAACUUCCGUUUGAAGAAGAAAAGCCUGAAGAAAUUCAAGAGCUUCCGGAGGAGGUUCGCGUCGUUGAAACCAUUACGGAAGAUGGCAAGCCUAAGAAGAAGAAGAUCCGCACUCGUGUUAUCAAGAAGGUCAAGGGUGAUAAGCAAGAAGUCACUAAGAUUGAAACUGUCGAGGAGGACGACAAACAGCCCGAAACAACGGUCACCGUUGAAGAACUUCCGUUUGAAGAAGAAAAGCCUGAAGACAUUCAGGAGCUUCCGGAGGAGGUUCGCGUCGUUGAAACCAUUACGGAAGAUGGCAAGCCUAAGAAGAAGAAGAUCCGCACUCGCGUUAUCAAGAAGGUCAAGGGUGACAAGCAAGAAGUCACUAAGAUUGAAACUGUCGAGGAGGACGACGAACAGCCCGAAACAACGGUCACCGUUGAAGAACUUCCGUUUGAAGAAGAAAAGCCUGAAGAAAUUCAAGAGCUUCCGGAGGAGGUUCGCGUCGUUGAAACCAUUACGGAAGAUGGCAAGCCUAAGAAGAAGAAGAUCCGCACUCGUGUUAUCAAGAAGGUCAAGGGUGAUAAGCAAGAAGUCACUAAGAUUGAAACUGUCGAGGAGGACGACAAACAGCCCGAAACAACAGUCACCGUUGAAGAACUUCCGUUUGAAGAAGAAAAGCCUGAAGAAAUUCAAGAGCUUCCGGAGGAGGUUCGCGUCGUUGAAACCAUUACGGAAGAUGGCAAGCCUAAGAAGAAGAAGAUCCGCACUCGUGUUAUCAAGAAGGUCAAGGGUGAUAAGCAAGAAGUCACUAAGAUUGAAACUAUCGAGGAGGACGACAAACAGCCCGAAACAACAGUCACCGUUGAAGAACUUCCGUUUGAAGAAGAAAAGCCUGAAGAAAUUCAAGAGCUUCCAGAGGAGGUUCGCGUCGUUGAAACCAUUACGGAAGAUGGCAAGCCUAAGAAGAAGAAGAUCCGCACUCGUGUUAUCAAGAAGGUCAAGGGUGAUAAGCAAGAAGUCACUAAGAUUGAAACUAUCGAGGAGGACGACAAACAGCCCGAAACAACAGUCACCGUUGAAGAAGUUCCGUUUGAAGAAGAAAAGCCUGAAGAAAUUCAAGAGCUUCCGGAGGAGGUUCGCGUCGUUGAAACCAUUACGGAAGAUGGCAAGCCUAAGAAGAAGAAGAUCCGCACUCGCGUGAUCAAGAAGGUCAAGGGUGACAAGCAAGAAGUUACCAAGAUUGAAACUGUCGAGGAGGAUGACAAACAGCCCGAAACAACAGUCACCGUUGAAGAAGUUCCGUUUGAAGAAGAAAAGCCUCAAGAAAUUCAGGAGCUUCCGGAGGAGGUUCGCGUCGUUGAAACCAUUACGGAAGAUGGCAAGCCUAAGAAGAAGAAGAUCCGCACUCGCGUGAUCAAGAAGGUCAAGGGUGAUAAGCAGGAAGUCACCAAGAUUGAAACGGUCGAGGAGGACGACAAGAAAUCGGAAACAACGGUAACAGUCGAAGAAACUGAAUUAAGUGCUCCCAGUGUAGGCAAAGUUCAACUUAAGAAAAGAGUUAUCGUUCAAAAACCCGAAGACGAUGUUACUGUGUUUGAAUUGCCUGAGCGGAAAUCAGUUAUACUUUCAGAAAAAGAAGAUGGAACUCCGACCAAAACUGUUAUUAAAACAAGAAUCAUUAAAAAGAUUCAAGGGCCGAACAUGGAGGUCACAAAAGUUGAAACCGUUGAGGAAUAUGAAAAAGCACCACAAACUAAAGUAUCAGUAGAAAAGUUCAAUAUGCCAUUCCCGGAACUUCCUGAAGAAAGACUAUCUGAAGUAGUUUUGUUACCUGAUGAAGUUUUUGAGUCUGAAGCUGUUGAUGAUGAAGGACGUUUAAAAAUUAUUAAAACCAAGAAGCGUAUCAUUAAAAAACCUGCACUGGAUAAUACUGAAGAAGUAACUGAAAUAGGAAUUAUUGAACAAGACAAUACGGAGCCUAUAUAUUCAGUUAAAAUACAAGAACGACCCUUAACUGAAUCGAAGCCAGAGGACGGUAAAUUAAUCGAGUUGCCCGAACAUGUUACAGAACUAAAAGUAAUUUUGCCUGAUGGGACGAAGAAGAAAAAGACCGUUAAAUCGAGAGCUUUCAAAAAGAGCCUUGACGAUGAUCUUGACGAAGUUACAACUAUCCAUAUAAUAGAGGAGGAGGAUAAGGAACCACUAACAACAGUAAACAUAGAAGUUGUGCCUUCUGAUGAGAUAUCAAUCGCGCCUAUACCGAUAGAAGAACUUCCCGAGGAAACCGUAUUUACCGAAGAAUUAGACGAGAAUAAGAAGCCAAAGAAGAAAACUACCAAAACACGCACAUUUAAAAAGCGAGGUCCAGAUGACGAUGAAUAUUUCCAAAUUCAAACAAUAGAUGAAGAGGGCUUGGAGCCCAUGUCGCUUAUUCGAGUUGUUAGCGAUGAAAAUAUUGCUGAUAUUAUCGAUAUUAGUAAACUUGAUGAUGAAAAGGUUACAAAACACAAACAAAAGCCACACAAGCAUAAGGUGGAUAAACCAAUGGACGAUAACACAGAAACGGAACACCCAGUUUACAUUACGACAUUUAAGUCUGUACAACACGAAGAUGGAGAAACAACCAUACAAACUGAAAACAAGCGAAUUUCUCAGGAGGAAGGCAUCGUUGUUGAGGAAGUCCUCAGCGAUACAGAACUCAUUCCAGAAGACAAAACACAAUUACACCUUGAAAUAACCGAAGUCAGCGAACCAACAGACCAAUACUACAAAGAGUACACUAUCACUGAACCUGAAGAGGCAAGUGCAGACGCUAUACAAAAACCAACUAAAGACAAAACACCAAAACAGAAAAAGACACUAGAAACUCCAAUUGAGGAAGUUGACGAGACUGUUAUCGUUGAAGAGGGUACAGAGGAACAGACUGACAAGACAGCUAUACAACGAAAGCCAAAAAAGGUUAAGGGUAACGUACAGGUAGAUGUUGUUGAUGAGAAACCAAUUGAAAAGAAGGAAAAGGCAAAAAAGAAAGUGGUCAAAACAAAACGAGAUGAAAUGGAUGACUACAUACAAUUUCUCAUACACCAAGAAAUUCCAAAGACUGUACUACAACCGUACCAACGCACCGAAAUGGAACUUCCACAAAGAGCACGUAGUGACUCUUCUUUUAAACAACCAGUCAAGCUUACUCCAAUGAAAAUUGAAAAAGUCGAGAUUAAAAAGCCCAAAAUGGUUGAAAUAAGUUCGGUAGUAGAGUUCCCACAAAUGCUCAAACUUAAAGCCCCAAAACAACGUCCUCAGGAAGAGAAAAAGAAGAAGGAAGCUUCAUUCAAAAACAAAAAACUUAAGAGCUGGAUUAGAUUUGUACCAUAUGCACCAUACUGCUUCCCAUAUGUAGUUACCGAAUUAGAAACUAAUCGCGAGGUAGGCGAACUUUCACGAAAUGUUGAUGAAGCGGAAGAGGUAUUGAAAUUGCGUCCAAGGAAAUUUAAGCAUUCAAAGCCCGAAAAGGCUGAACUCGAAGAAGUCGAUCUAGAUGCAUUGGAAUCUGAUCAUUCCGAGAAGUCUAACAAGGAACUAUUACAACCGAAAUAUAAACGCGCCAAAAAGCAAAAGAGCGAAACUCCAGAAGAACCAAGGAAACUUAAGCUUGGUAAGGGUAAAAUUCCACAAAACGAGGAAGCUUCUGAGGAAGUGCAUUUGAAACCAGUUAAGCUUGAUAUCGCAGAGAUUAAAGAUGAUGAGAAGCCAGUUAAAGCACACGAAGAGGAAGUUGUUAAGAAGAAGGCCAAAAAGAGCUCCAAGCCUGAAGAAGGACUUCAGUUUGAACCUAUUGAAUUUAAAGACAUGGAGUCAACGUCUGAGAUCCCAGAAGAAUCCGACACAUCACUUUCUGUAGAAAGUGCUUUCACGCAGGAGAAACCUAUAAAUAAAAAGAAAAAGAAGGUAACUCCUAGUCAAAAGGGAAAUCAGUACGAAAUAUUACCAGGGGAACCAAGGGAACUUGAAGAAAGCCCAGAAAAUUACCUUAAUCUGCGCAAACGACAAGGUGAAAGGCCUGACAAUGAAAUGACAGAUAUUAAGCUCAAACCAUUUUAUAAGUUCGAACUGCUUGAUCUGGAACCAGAAGGGGUCCAAGCUGAAACAGUAACUUUUAGUCAAACAAUAUCAAAGGAACCCAAGAAAAAGAGAAAGAUUAAGGUUAAGACGGAAGAAGAAGAUAACACGAUUGAAAUCGUACCUCUUUCUCCUGUGGAUAACGAUGAACCAAUCUUUGAAAUUACAGUCACAAGCUCAGAAAUUCUUCAAGGUGACGCCAAAGCAAAAACACUUGUUAAGAAAAAGGUAAAGCGAAUGAACAAACAUGAAUUGGAUGAUUUUGUCACAGAGUUACAAGAGGAGCCAAAUCAGAAGGUCUAUGAGACUAUCAUGUCUGAUUUCUAUGAGGUAAAGUUGACCGAAUUGCCGGCAGAGACGGAUAAAGAUAUGCCUAAGAAACGCAGGUUAAGACAUGAAAAGGGCGAUGAAGUGCAAGUUUUGGAAAUUGUCGAAGGCUUGAUAGCCCCCGGUGUAGAACCUUUCUAUGAAAUAACUGUAAUAUCUAGUGAAAAUACGGAAGAAGAAAGUGGAGAGAUGACAACUGACAAGAUAAAAAAGAAAUCGCGGAGAAUUAAAAAAAAUGAGCUCGAUGCCUAUAUACAGCAGUUGAUCAAUGCCGAAAUCCCAGUAACAGAACUAGAAAAAUAUGAAAAAAUCGAUGUAGAUGGUAAAGCGAAAAAACCUAAAAAGCAAAAGCCAAAAGCUGAAAAACCAAUUAUUGAUGAAGGCGAAACUCUUCAAGUUGGAGUCACAGAUCAUGAGCCAACCAAAAAAUUAAAAACAAAAAAACCGGAGUUAAAGAAAAUGGUAAAAGAAAAAGAAUUUGAUGAUCACGAAGGAGUUCCACAAUACGAUGAGUUCCUUAUCAACAAGAUUGAGUCGGAACGUCCUCAAGAUGAAAACAUUGAAGGAACAGAAGAAGAAAUCUUGCCGGUCGUAGAUAAAGUCUUGGCAGAUUUAAGUGAUUGUCUACCUUUUGUGGUUGUUGAGGAAGAUUUGAGGAAUAUGCCAUCGGACCAUGAUGAAUUUCCUUUAGAAGAUGAGAAAAUACUAAGGAAACGAAAGGUCAGAGCUAAGAAGGACUCCAAACUAUACGAAAUCGAAAUAAUUGAAACCGAAAAACCAGAUGACAAACCUGAUGACGAAAGGGUUAUAGUUAUAACGACAGAAGUUUCUGGUGAUACAAUCGACGGACCCGCUUCAUCUAGUACUGAGGCACCAAAAAAAUCUGUCAGAAAAGUGAAGAAAGAGAAGCUGAAGGAAUUCAUUGUCAAUGUAGUCGAGGAAGCCCCAUUAGAUCACGUCUCUGAAAUAUGUGAAGGUGUUUCAAGACCUCCUGACAGAGAAAGCUCGGAGAAAGAGGAUAUUAGUUCAUUUACAACUACGGUAAUUGACGACCAAAUAGUAGAACCUUUGCUGCCCGAAGAAACAAAACCGGUGGACGAUGCUCGCAUGCCAAAACAUAAGAAAAAGAAAACUGAUAAUCAGCAAAAGAUAAAAACAGUCGAAUUUGAACCUACUCAAUCUUCAGAAGAUUCAACGAUCACGGAAUAUACUCCAACGAUUUCAGAACAUGAUGAAAAUCCUCAAACGGACGAAUAUUUGGUAGAAGUGAAAGAUAGUUUGCCAAAAUCCAAAAAGAAAUCUUUAAGGAAGCAAAAGGAGGAAUCUCUCGCUGGGCCUAUAUCGCUUUACACCAUUCGUAUUGAGGAGUUGACUCCGGAAACAGUCACCGAAAAAAUAGAUGAACACGGUACGGAAAUUGUACGUGUUAUUAACAAAAGAAAAAUCAAAAAGAAAGAGGGACCGAGGGAAUAUCUAAUCGAAGUUACUGAAACAUAUGAAGAUAACAAGCCAGAAGCCGAUGUUUUUAUUCGGACGACUGAGACAACGCCAUCAAUUGAUUCCAAGCCUCAGGAGGACCACAAGAUACAAGUCGUACAGAAGAAGAAGCCAAAGACCGAAAACUUGGACAAUUAUAUUAUAAAACUGAUAGAUCAAGAAAUUCCUCAGUUAGAUCAUGAAGAAUUUAAAGCUACUAUACUGGAGACCUCUCCAGAGUUUAAAAAGGGAAAGAAAAUUAAGAAACAUCACAAAAAAACUACCGAGGUUAUUGACGGCAUACCGAUUACAGUAUUUGAGGUAACAAUACAAGAGAGUGAUAUUGAUGAAGAUGAUUAUAAGCCAGAUCAAUACACUUUAAAGGAAACCGAUAAUGAGGAUGCAGAGGAGGCUCCCACAGAUCUGAAAAUCAAAGUCUCAGAAGGAAAGCCUAAAUCAAUGAAAGAAAAAUCGUUAAAGUUCAAAAUAGCUGAAGAAGACAAACCUCAACCAGUAAUUGAAGAUAUCUCGGAGGAUGUGGAAGUUGUACAAAUUAUAGAAGAAGACGGCUCACCAAAACACAUUGAAAUUAAGAAAAGGAAGGUUUCCCGCAAACAUGGUCCAAAAGAACAAAUCUUUGAAAUUACCGAGAAAAAAACUGGUGAUGAACCUUUAGCUGAAGUAACAAUUGUAGAAGUAACAGAAGAAGGCUUAUAUAAAGACAUUGAGAUACCUAAAGAAAAGAAAACAGUAAAGAAAUCGAAAAAACUGAAGCCUGAAGAUAUCCAAAGCUAUGUCAUUAAUGUUCUGGAAGAGUUUAAUGAACCUCAAUGGCAUGCAAAUGCCGAAAAACCAAUUAUUGAGGACAUUGCAGAAUCCGUUGAAAUUGUUCCAGUUACUGAAGAAGAUGGCACAACCAAGGAAGUUGAGGUUAAGAAGAAAAAGGUUUCCCGCAAACAAGGUACGAAACAACAAGUUUUUGAAAUCAUCGAAACGAAAACUAGUGACGAACCUUUGGCUGAAGUUACAAUCCUCGAGCUAAGUGGUGACAAGUCUCAAGAAGACAUUAUUCUGCCUAAGGGAAAGAAACCAAUCAAGAAAACAAUGAAACUGAAGCCUGAAGACGUCGAAAGCUAUGUCGUUAAUGUUUUAGAAGAGUUUAGUGAGCCUCAAAACUUUGAGAGAACUACUGAUGAAGAGGCACUUGAAACUAGAACAAAAAGCAAGAAGCCUAAGAAGCCGAUUGAGAAACCACUAGAAAAUGUUAUUCUUAUAGAAGAAAUGGCACCUGAAACGGUUAUAGAAAAUAUUGUAAACGAAGAGGGAGAGAAAGUAAAACAAGUUAAGACAACCAAGAAACUUAAGAAAAAGGAAGGCCCUAAAGAGUAUCUCAUUGAAAUAAAGGAAACGUAUGAAGAAAACAAGCCAGAGGGCGACAUUGAAAUAACUACUACGGAGUUGGCUCCUGAGAACUCUCCUGAUGCCUCUGGUGAUCAACCAGUAACUGUUAUCCAGAAAGUGAAAAAGAAGAAGCCUGUUAAAGACGAUCUUGACAGAUACAUACAGCAGUUAAUCGAACAGGAAAUCACAAAAACCCCUCUAGAAGAAUAUGAGCCAACCGAAAUGGAUUCGAAGAAGAAGCCCAAGAAGAAGGUUAAAUCUCACAACAAAAAAACCAUUGAAGUUGUUGAUGGGUUACCAGUUACCAUUCAUGAGUUCAAUGUGGAGGACAUAGUUCCAGAACCAGAGGACAAGGAAAAACCAGAAAAUUUGUUAGAGGAAAUCAAGGAAAUACCACAACUGCCAGACGAUUCUUCCAAUUACCUUAUUAACAUUUCUGAUGAAUUUUGUAAAGCUGAUAAGCAAAUAGAACAGCCUACUGAGGAGGAACCCAAGAAAAAGGAAAAGCCGUUAAAAAAGAAAAAGGUCGUUGAGAGUCCUGUUUCCUUGGAAGCAUUUGAUCACACCGUUGAAGUCGUUGCUGAACCCACGCUGGAUGGAACUGUUAAGGAAGUAACUGUCAAGAAACGCAAGGUAUCGCGUAGAAAGGGGUCUAAGGAUCACAUCUUUGAAAUUACGGAAACAACAAGUGAAGAUCGGCCCACGGCUGAAGUUACAGUAGUUGAGUUGACCAGCGACGAAAUCAUAGCUUCUGAAGAUAAACCGAAGUAUGAAAGGAAGAUUGUUAAAAAACCAAAGCAGUUAAAGAAGGAUGACGUGGAAGAGUAUAUAGUUAAUAUUAUCGAAGAAUUCAUAGAGCCAAUUCCAGUUGGCCUAGUUGAAGGUGAAGUAGAAAAAGUCCUGGAUGAAAAAACUAAAAAGCCGAAGAAAUCUCCAACAACGUACAUAGCCACAGAACAAGAAGACAUAGAUAACAAUGUCACUGCGUUGGUUAAGGAAGACUUAGAGCAAACGAUUGAGUACGGUUUAGAAAAGCUUUCAAAAUCCCCUGAAUAUACCAUCAGUGUUGAAGAAGAACCCGUGGGUGAAGAACAAAAACAACCUAAGCCCAAAAAGAUAAGCAAGCCUAAGUCCAUGAAGCAGCCUUCUGUUGAAAAAAGCCUAGACUAUCUUGUUCGGGUGGUAUCUGAAGAAAGCAUAAAUGAUGAACCAGUCCCUGAAGAUUAUGUGGUAAUUGAAGCUGCAGAAGAUAAACCUUCUGAAGAACAAACUUUCCAUGUAGAAGAAAUCGAAAACGAAGCAGUGGAAAAAGAUGUUACCGACGACAAGGGAGAAACGACAAAGCAAAGUGUAACCAAAAGAAAAAUCAAAAAGCAGGUUGGCCCCAAGGAAGAAAUUAUUGAAAUUGUGGAAACUAAGACAGGUGAUACUCCAGAGUAUGAAGUCAUUGUAACUACCGAAGAGGUUCAAGAAACCAGCGAAGAAGCUCCAGAGGAGAAAAAACCGAAAACGGUCCGCAAAGCUAAAAAGAUUCCAAAAGACGAUCUUCAGGAUUAUAUUCAGAAGCUUAUUGAGCAAGAUAUUCCAAAAACAGAAUUGGAAAAAUAUGAAAAAAUUGAUUUGGACGAGCCCGUAAAAAUGAAAAGAAAGCCAAUCAAAAAGGUCAAGCAAUCUGAGGAACAACCAACAAAGGAAACUCAAGAGCCAGUGGAGGAAAAGCCGGUUGUGAAGAUUUCUGAAUAUCCUGAAGCUGUCACUGACGAACCAAUGCUAACGAUUUCUGUUAAGGAAUUUGUUCCAGAAAAGACAGAAGAAAAGCCAUUCGAAAUAGUAGUACUUGAAGAAACGGUAGAAACAAAGCGUGAACCAGAUGAAGAAGGAAUCGUAAGAGAAAAGGUGGUUAAGACUAAAAAGAUAAAGCAGAAUAGAGGCUCUGUGGAAAUGGUUCAUGACAUAGUCGAGGAAGUCGAUAAGGAUACAAACGAAUCUGUAAUAACAGUCACGACCACCGUUCCAAAGGAGACAGCUGAUCAGGAAGAACAGCCAGUAAAACAAAAACGUACAAAGAGAAUUAAGAAAGACGAAGUUGAAGACUUUAUUAAACGAGUUAUUGAAGAGGAGGCACCACAGCCGGAUGAGCCCGUGGACGUAGUGGUUAUCGAGGAUUUGGUUCCCAAACCAAGUUCUGAGAAGAGGAAAAAGAAGCCAAUAAAAGAAAAGCAAUCUUCCAUUGAGGAAGAAACGCCUCACCAGGAUAAAGUUACGUUCAUUGAGUCUCUUCCGGAGGACUCUCCAGCUAGUGAUGAUCUUAUAACUGUGGUGGAUUCAGUACCAAUCGAAGAAGAACCAGAAAGUAAAGUAAACCAGAUUGACGAUACUAAGAAACCCGAGAAGAAAAAGAAACCGAAGUCUUCAGCUGUAAAUCAAACGAAAGAACUACUAGAGGACACUGUUGAACAGCCUUUGGAUGUUUUACAGAAGGAUUCUGAGGUGGAAAAACCAGAUGUUCAGGAAUUCUUUGUUUCUGUUAAGGAAGACGAACAAAAACGUAUUCAACCUGAAACGAAGAAAUCUUCUAAAAUAACAGCAGAACAACCAAAACAGCCUUCUAUGGAACAAUACGAAAUUUCAGUAAAGGAACAAGUGUUGGAACCUGAAGAAGAAAAGCCGUUUACAGUUCAGGUUAUUCAGAGCGAAACAAACGUAGAAGAAACCAAAGAUGACACUGGAAAAGUACAUAAGCAAGUUACUACAAAACGAAUGCUACGACGACCCGACGGCGAAGGUGAAAUAGAGAUUAUUGAGGUUGUUAGGGAUGAUCAGCCUGAGGCGGAAAUAACUAUUGUGGAGUAUGAACCAGAACAUGUAAGCCAAGAUGAAAAACCCAAAGAACCUAAAAAGAAAACGAGGAAGGUUAAAAAGGAUGACAUACAUGACUACAUACAAAAGUUAAUAGACUUGGAAACUCCAAAGACGAAGCUGGAAAGGUAUGAAAAAAUCGAAUUCGAACCAGUUGUCAAGGAUAAGCCAUUGGAUAGCCUGAUUGACGUUGUGGACGAGACGCCCAUUGAAGUGCCGAAAAAAGAUAAAAAGCCCAAGUCUAAGGAAGUUCCAAAAGAGGAAACUCCUGUUCCGGAUCAAUAUGCAACGGUCAAAGUGGUCGAAGAAGAAGCUCCUGAGCAACCCGAAAUACCAGUCCAAAUUCUAGAAGUUCAGCCAGCAGAGGUAGAUGUUAAAGAGGUUAUAACUAAAGACGGCAAGCCGGGUCAUGAAAAGACUACUAAGCGUGUUUUAAAGAAGUUGGGACCCGAGGAACAAACAACUUUCAAGAUUACAACGAUUGAAAGUGAGGAUAAUGACUCGGUUACAGUUAUUGUUGACGAAGAACCUGAAAUAGUUCCCAUACAGUCUACCGAAGAACAUCCAGAACAGCCUGAAGAAAAACUAGCUCCAAAACCCAAGAAAACUGUAAGAAAGGUUAAAAAGGACGACUUACACGAAUACGUAAAGAAACUAAUUGAAGAAGAAAUUCCUAAGGUAGACCUUGAAAAAUAUGAAAAGGUAGAAAUGCCAGAAAAACCUGUAAAACAAGCUCCUUCUGAAACCAUUUCGGAAGAAACAAAACCUGAAAAAUCGCAACCAUUAUCAAUAGCACACGAUACCACGAAACCCAAGAAAACUAAAACUCCUAAGCCAAAGACAGAAGACGCAGACCAGCAAGUACCGGACGAACCGACAGAGACCACUGUAGACACCACUGACAUACCAGAGUUUACACCAACCCAAAUUGCACAGCCCGAGGACACAGCCACUGCACAAAUUACACCAAGCGCACAAGAUGAGAAAUCUACUCAAGAUGACACUAAAGAUACAAUUCAGAAAACAGUUAAACAUAAGAAAACAAAACCAGACACACAAAAAAGCGUUGAAACAAGUGAACUACCAGAGGUUCAAAAAGACUAUCAAAUUAGAAUCAUUCACGAAGACAUUGUCGAGGAAGACCAGCCCGAAAAGAUUUUGGAGGUUAGAGUUAUCGAUGAAGUCGCCGAGGUGGAAGAAUCACAGCCCAUUGUGGAAGAGGUUGAAGAGGAGGAAUCGCAGCCAGCUAUAGAAGAAACGGUUGAGGACGUCACAAAACCCAAGUCUAAAAAGAAGAAGGUGGUUAAAAAGAAGACCGAUGACCAUGACGAACUCAUCAAGAAGAUGCUGGAGCAGGAAAUAGAGAAGACGGAACUGGAGAAAUACGAGAAAAUUGAAUUUGAUGUUCCAAAGAAACUCAAACCAGAAUUCGCUGCUCUUGAACCAAUAAAGAUCGAGCGCAAAGAGCAAAAGCCCACAAAGGUGACGAUUCUCGACGCCACUGAUGUUCCUAAAACAGUGAAGCUCAAACCAAGUAAACGUAAGGAGAAACCUGCCGAGGAACCGACUGUUCAACUUCCAAAGUUCAGACUUAAGGCCCGAAUGGUCUUGGUUGAAUACCCUCCGGCUCCCCUAAUUCCGAAAACCACGGAUAUUGGGGCCAUCAAAGACAAUGGAGAACUAUCUCGUAACAUCGAAGAGGCUGAAGAAGUUCUAAAGUUCAAGCCGCAUAAGACUAAGAAAAUUAAGAAAAUCAAGGAUGAUUUAGAAAAGGUCGAGCUUGAAAAGUACGAAAAAUAUAUUAGUAGCGAGGAAGAACCAGAGGAAAAGACCCCUUAUAAGAAACCUGAAAAGGCACCAAAACCAGAGCAAAAACAAGAGGAUGUAAACCUUAAGCUGGGCAAGGGUAAGAAAAAGCCAAUGGAGGACAACGAACCCGAAAAUGUUACUCUCAAAAACAUUCCGCAAAAGCCACAAGAAGCUGAGGAAGAAGUUGAACUUAAACACAAACCUAAGGAGGUUGUUAUUGUUGAGGAACAAACAAGAAAGCCCAAGGAGGGAGAGUUCGUUGUGGAGCCAUUUGAACCAUCUGAAUUCGAUCGUCCUGAAUACGUACCCGAUGAACUUGAGCAGAUCGAACAUCCAGAGAUGCCCGAGAAGGUUAAGAAGCCGUCUAAGACUAAGUACAAGCCUAAAGAUAAGUCUAAGCCUGAGCCGGAAACCAUUAUAUCGGAGAUUGUUGCCGGGGUUCCAAAGGAGGAAGAGGCAAUACCCCAACAGGAUGUUAAGUUCCGUAAGCCCGAGAGAGACGCUCCAGAAGAGACUGAUUCUGAAUUUAAGCUACGUCCUGUACCUCAGGCUCCUAAGGCUGAAGAACCUGCCGAACAAGCUCUGGUUAAGCCCAAGGCAGAGGAGCCACUUCCCGAGGAAACCGAAGAUAAGACCGUCGAUGACGAAAAGAAACCAAAGAAAUCUAAGCCUAAAAAGAUUCAACCAAAGGAGGAGGAGACUGCAAAGGAAGAACCCGAGCAAUUUGAGGUAUCGGUGAAAGAGGAACAAAUUCUAGUUGACAAACCCGUUGAAAUUGAAAAACCAAAAGAAGUCAAGGUGAAAGAGAAGAAACCCAAGGAAGCACCUGUGUCCCAAGUAGUCGUUUUUGAAGAAGAGCCGAAGCCAGAAGAAGUACCCGAGGAAAUACCUGUGGAGUACAAAAUAACAACUACAGUCUUGGAGCCAGAGGAUGCACCAAAGGAACAUCAAGUCAAAGUCAUUGAUUUUGAUGAGCGUCAGGAAACUACCGAGGAGGUAAUUGAAGAAAAGAUCGUGACGCGCAAGAAGAAACCAAAACCACAGCAACCUGAAGAGUUCGAAGUCACCUUAAAAGAGCCAAAAGAAGAAGAAAUACAACCGGAUGUAGUUUCAGCUGAAAUCUCUUUGCCGAUUGAGCAACCAGAACAGAAGCCAGAACAGUAUGAGGUUGAAGUUAAAAUAUCUAAAACUACACCAGAAGAGCCCGAUGAUGUGCAAAUCGCAGUCAAGGAAAAGGCCAAGACAAAGCCUGUUAAGGAAGUCAAAGAGGAUGAAAUUGUCGUGGUUGAAGUAGAAGAAAAGGAGCAACCAGUUGAGGAAACAGUCGAGGAGGUUGAAAAGCAGGACGAAAAGAAGAAGUCCAAGAAACCGAAAUCGUACGAGUUCAAAAUUUCAGAGUCCCAACCUAUUGAAGAAAAGCCAAUAGAAGUGGUUGAAGAAACUCCUGAGGAAACACCAAAGGUUGUAGAGGAAAAGGUUGCCGAGAAAUUCGAUUCCUACGAAUUCACUCUUAAGGAAACUGAUGUGGAAAAGGUAAUCACAGUUGACGAUCAGCCCGAGGAUGAAACCCCUGUAGAAGUUAUAUUAAAGAAAAAAUCCAAGGAACCUGAAGCAGUCGAGGCCGAGUUUGUAAUGACUGAACCCAAGGUCGUAGAAGAAACGACUGUAGAAACUGAAAUCAAACAGAAAAAGACGAAAAAACCAAAGAAGAACGAAGAGGAAGCUCAAUUACAAAUGAAGGUGGUCGAGAGUGAAGCCUCUGUUCCCGAAGAAGUGUUGACUAAAGCUCCGGAGAGUGAGAUUGUUGAGGAGGAAGUUACUGCGAAAGAAGAGCCAAAAGACUUUAAAAUUCGGGUUUCUGAAACAGAAACUAAGCCCGAAGAGCCAAGUGUUGAACAGUUCACAGUUAAAAAGCGCAAGCCGUCUGUUACUUUCGCCGACGAACCUGCCACUGAAAUCGUUUUUAAGGAGAGUAAGCCCACAGAAGUGGUUACUGAGGACGCUCAUAUAAAGACCAAGAAGCCGAAAAAGAAGGUAAAGGAUGUAGAAGCUGAGGAGCUAAAGAUUCAGAUCACUGAGGAACUUCCGCAGGAAAUUCCCAUAGUGGAGGAGGUCUCGGAAGAAGAGGUGAUCACUGAAAUCAAGAAGACAGCUCCAGCUGUUGAAGAGAAGACAUACAAAAUUGGCGUCAAGGAGACGGAGCCGGAAAAACCCGCCGAUGUAAUUGUCGAGGAAGAACCGGUGGUAACAGAGCCAAUUGAGGAAGAACCGAAACCAGAAGUUUUCGAGGAACACAAGGUUAGAGUCAUUGAGGAAACACCUAGAGAACUGGUAGAGGAAGUCAUUGAGGAGGAGGUAAAGGUUAUUCGCAAAAAGAAACCUAAGCCAGAAAUCAAGGAGGAACCCGAGGCGGAAGUUACUGUCUCUGCUCCAAAGCCUGUCGAUGAAGUGGAAGCUACGUCCAGUAUUUCUAUUAUUCCAGAACAACCUACUGAGGAUGAGGCCGCUGAUCUCAAGAUAACAAUAAUUGAAGAAGAAACACCACCACAAGAACUUGUCCAGGAAAUUGAAGAAAUUGAAAUCGUCGAGGAACCAAAGGCCCUUGAAGAACAACCAACGGAUUUCACAUUUGUCACAAGGGAUUCCGAAAAGGAACCGACUGUGGAAGAACUGCCCGAGGAACAGGUCACGAUCCACAAAAAGAAAAAGAAGGCGGCAGUACCAGAAGUAGUCGAAGAACCCGAAGCCGAGUUUUUGGUUAAGCCAAAGACGCCUGUACAAGAAGUUACUGAAGAAGCUAAGAUAACGAAGAAGGCUAAAAAACCUGUAAAGGAAGAAGAGGCCGCAGCAGAGCUUAAAGUAACUAUCACUGAAGAAAUUCCAACUGAACCAGAAGUUCAAGAGAUUAUCGAGGAAAUCGAAGAGAUCGCGGAAGAAAAGCCGACAGAGUAUUUAAUUGAAGUUAAGGAAAGCAAACCAGAAACUGUAGAAGAAAAGGAAGUCAGCUUACCGAAAAAGAAACUGAAGGCUCCAGUGGUUGAGGAGCCAGAAGCAGAAGUAACUCUAAAACCAAAGCCAAAGGCGGAAGAAGUUCAGGAAGAAGCGAAGAUAGUAAAGAAAAAGCCAAAGAAAAAUGUCGAAGAAGCAGUGGCCGACGAGCUUACGGUUAAGGUUGAAGAAGAGGUUAUCCCAGAACCCAUUGUGGAAGAAGAAGUGAUAGAAGAAAUCCAGAUUAAAAAGAAGCCGAAGAAGCCGGAGCCAGAGGACAUUGUCGAUGCUGCGAUUGUGAAACUAAAGAAACCAGAGCCAGUAGAUGCUGAAGAAGUUGUGGCUGAAGUUACCCUUAAGCCCAAGGCGAAAAAGGAGGCUACAGAGGAAGAAUAUUCCGUUGAUGUUAAGCUGCCAAAGGAAAAGGAGAUUACAGAGGAAACUUCUGACCAAACUGUACAGCUCAAGAAAAAGAAGAAGCCACAGAAACCAGUGGAAGAAGCUGCGGACGAGCUUAAGCUACAGCAAACUGUUGUCGAAGAAAGACCUGUGGAAAUUGAAGAAGAAGAGAUCGUUGAAGAAGCAGUUAUCAUUCGCAAAAAGCCAAAGAAGCCUUUCGAGCCGACUGUUGAAGAUCUCGAAGAAACAGAGUUCAGUCUCUCCUUCAAAAAGCCCCAUACCAUUAAUGAGGGUGUGGAAGAGGCCGCCACAGUUCUGAAAAAACGACCUGUCAAACCCACUACUCUGGAUGAAGCUGCAGCUGAGCUUUCUAUCAAGCGUCAGGAAGAAGAAUACGAAGAGGGCGAUGACAUCGAAGAGUUCGUCGUCAGUCAGCAAAGAAAGCCCAAGCCUUUGCAAAUCACAGAAGAGGAUGAGGAGGCCUACACAGUGAAGAAACUUAAGCGUCGAAAGCAAGUAGACAUUCCCGAAUACGCAGACGUUGAGAACGUCACAUUCCGUGCCAGAAGUACCAAGACCAAGGAGGAUGUCGAUCAAGAGUUCAACAUUGCCCUGGACUCAUAUGCCGAGGAGGAAAUUUCCAUGUCUGGAAAGGUGAAGUUAAAGAAGCCUAUUAAGAAGACAUUCUCUGAAGCAUCCGAUGAAGCCAAGAUUAAGAUCAUACAGGACUUCGACGAUGGUGAAGAACCCAUUAUCGAAGAAAUUCGAGACGAUGAGGAUACCAUCGAUGAAGUGGAGGAGCCAGAAGAAUACUUUGUUGAGGAAUUGCCACCAGACGAAGUGGAUUUCAAGCUUAAGCCAAAGAAGCAUCCGAAACCAUCCUAUUCUGUUCAAGAUGAAGAGGAAGAACAAUUCCUAAUUGGCAUUCGUCAUCCCAAACGCGAUUCGGUCACAUACGACGAGGAUUCUCUUACCUUUAAGAAGAAGCGUAAGGUUGUGCAACAACUUUUCAACGAAGAUGGAGCUUCGCUUAACAUUACCAGAGAAAUGAAUGUUGAAGAAUCCGAGAAUAUCAAUGUUAUGUACUCAAUCUGCAACUAUAUUGCCGACAACAACGAGGCUAUAAACCUAGUCGAAGGUGAGAAGGUUACGGUCGUUGGGCGUCACAGCUCAGAGUGGUGGUACGUAAAGAAAAGCACUACGGAAGAGGAAGGCUGGGUUCCAGCUCAAUAUCUGAUGGAGCCCGAGGAAUACGCGCAGUAUGUGCAAAAUAAGCUGCACGAGAAAAUCGAUAAGCUGCCUGUAUUUGAACGUCCUGGACCGGGCAAGCCCAUUGCCCCAAGAUUUAUUGAGAAACUGCAGCCGAUUCAUACUCCUGACGGUUAUACGGUGCAAUUCGAGUGUAAGGUGGAGGGCAAUCCACGACCCCAGAUUGCCUGGUUCCGCGAAACUGCUAUUAUCAAACCCUCCCAAGACUUCCAAAUGUUCUAUGAUGAUGACAAUGUUGCCACCUUGAUCAUUCGCGAGGUGUUCCCCGAGGAUGCCGGCCAAUUCACAGUUGUGGCAAAGAAUGCUGCUGGUUUCACUUCCAGCACAACGGAACUGAUUGUUGAAAGUCCACUAUCUGAUCACGGCUCUGAUGCCACAGCUCUUUCACGUCGCAGCAUGUCUCGUGAAUCCUCGCUGGCUGACAUAUUGGAGGGCAUUCCACCAACUUUCUCAAAGAAACCCAAAGCUCAAUAUGUGGACGAGAAUACAAAUGUGAUUCUUGAGUGCCGACUGGUGGCCGUGCCUGAACCCGAUAUUGUCUGGACCUUCAAUGGCGAAGACAUUGACGACGAAGAGAUUAAAAACAUUCGCAUCGUUACCGAAUCCGACAUGCACAUGUAUUGCAGUGUGGUGCACAUCUCUAAGGUGAAGAAAUCGCAGGAAGGUACCUACGAGGUUAUUGCAACAAAUCGCGAGGGUGAGGCACGUCUGCCAAUCACGCUCAAGGUGCGCACCACCGACAAGGAGGCGCCGCAAAUCCUGGAACCCUUGCGCAACAUGGUUAUACGUGAGGGCGAGAGUGUCGUACUUUCUACGCAAAUUGUAGGUAAUCCACCGCCAAAGGUAACCUGGUAUAAGGAUGGCAAGCCUGUUAAAAACGCCAAGUCCGACAAGGAUUUGCAUACCCUAACACUGAUUACACCACAAAAGUCUGAAAAGGGUGAAUACACGGUGAAGGCUGUGAACCCCUUGGGUAGCGUGGAGACCACUGCUAAUCUAACAAUUGAAGAGCCUGCUGGCGGUAAUGCUGAGCCACCACUCUUCGUAGAACGCUUUGAGGAGCAGAACGUUCCGCAAAAGGGCGAAAUUCAUUUGCCAGCCAAAGUUUCCGGGAACCCGGUGCCUGAGGUUCAGUGGCUGUUUAACAACACACCAUUGUUCCCCAGCGACCGCAUCCAGCAGGUUUACGAUGGCGAGAACAUCGAGCUUAUCAUUAAGGAUGCCAAUCCAGAAACCGAUUCUGGAGACUACAAAUGCAUUGCAAGUAACCCCAUUGGCAAGACUUCCCACGGUGCUCGUGUGAUUGUCGAGGUCGAUGAAGUGACGUUUACGAAGAAGCUUAAGAAAACCAUCACCAUUGAAGAGGUACAAUCUCUUACACUGGAGUGUGAGACCUCCCACGUAGUCACCACCAAGUGGUUCUUCAAUGGCAAGGAACUCAGUGGAAUGGAUCAUCGCGUCGUGGUUGAGGACGGCAAGACUCACAAGUUGGUUAUCAGAAACACGAAUCUACGUGACUCUGGAACCUAUACGUGCAAGGUUAAGAAGCAAGAAACCCAAUCGACUGUGGAGGUGUUGCAACGUAAGCCAGACUUUAUAAAGAUUCUCGAGGAUUACGAGGUAACCGAAAAGGAUACCGCCAUUUUGGAUGUGGAGCUUACUACCGAGGCGACUGAAGUCACUUGGUACAAGGACGGCGAGAAGAUCACUCCAGAAAACAAGAACGUCGAGUUCAUCAAGGAUGGAAAGGCUCGUCGGUUGGUUAUCCGCGAUGUCACCAUUCACGACGAGGGCCAGUACACAUGCAAGAUGGAGGGACAGGAGUGUAGCUGUGAGCUGGUUGUAAUCGAGCUACCUCCUGAAAUCGUGAAGCCACUGACAGACGUUGCAGUGACCAAGGGCGAGAAUGCUAUUUUCGAGGUUGAACUUAGCAAGGGCGAUGCCCUUGUCAAAUGGUUCAAGAACGGCAAGGAAAUCGUGUUCAAUGAGCGCAUUCAAUUGGCCAUCGAUGGCAAGAAACAAUCUCUGCGUAUGGUCAAGGCCAAGCCGGAAGAUGUGGGUGAAUACUCCGUUCAGGUGGGCGACCAGACAUCAAAGGCGAAGUUGACAGUAGAGGAGCCUCUCGUAGACUUUGUCAUCCGCCUGCCGGAUAUCACGCUGGCCACCAAGACAACGGAUGCCGAGUUCACAGUGCAGCUCUCACAGCCCGAUGUCGAGGUAACCUGGUGCAAGAAGGGCAAGCCAAUCAAGCCCAACCAGAAGCACGAGGUAUUCGUUGAGGGCACUGUCCGACGACUGGUCAUCCACGAUGCUAGCGACGAAGAUGCCGGUGAGAUCAGCUGCGUGGCAGAGAACGUCACCAGCAGUACUAAGCUGUGCGUCGAGGAGCUCAAGCUGCCACCCGUCAUUACCUCUGACAAGGAUCAGACCAUCAAGGUUAAGGAGAACGAAGACGUGACUUUCUCUGUCAAGUACACAGGCGUGCCAACGCCUGAGGCCUGUUGGACCACGCGCAAGGUUGUCGUACCCAAGUCAAAGCGGACAAUCCCGACCAUCGAUGAGCAGUCAGCCACGCUAACCAUCAAAAAGGUUGUUGACGAUGACGAGGGCGAAUACACCGUCAAGCUUGUCAACCCGGUGGGCGAGGCGGAGGCCAGCCUCCAUUUGGUCAUUAUGCGCAAGCCAACUGCACCUGGCACACCUCAACCCCUUGAGAUAAUGCAUGACUCGAUUACGCUCUACUGGAAGGCUCCGGAGGAUGAUGGCAAGUCGGAGAUUAUUGAGUACAUUCUAGAGUAUCACGAUGUAAAGGAAGAAAAAUGGACUGAAAUUAGAAAGAUCAAGGACACCACCUACACCAUAAGCAAGCUGAAGAUCGACACGGACUACGUGUUCCGUUCAAUUGCUGUGAACGAAGUGGGGCCGUCGCCGCCAUCACCGCUAUCGCCGCCCAUCCGACUGGUACCCAAGGUCGACACCAAGGCGCCCAGCGUACAAGAACCACUACAGGAUGUGGUUAGCGAACUGGACAAGGAGGUGACACUGUCCUGCGUGUUCGGCGGCAUUCCAGAGCCAAAGGUGACGUGGAAGAAGAACGGCCAGGUGUUCGAAUCGAGCAGCAUACGCUACGAAAAUCGCGUGGCCAAGUACACCAUUGAAAAGACAACCAUUGAGACUGAAGCCACCUACACGUGCGUGGCGACCAAUGAGAAGGGCUCCGCGGAGACCUCGUGUCGCCUGAAACUGCAGCAGAAACCGGUUCUCGAGGUGGAGGACAAGUACUUGACGCAGAAGCUGCGCACGGGCAGCACUCUCACCAUUCCAGCGGCGGUCCGCGGCUAUCCACAGCCCACUGUGACCUGGCACAAAGAGACGAUCGAGCAGAAGACUACCAAGUCGGUAACCAUUGAGACCACGGAGACUACUUCCACCUACACGGUUAAGAAGGUGACUCGCGAACAAUCCGGCAAGUACAAGGUGACGGCCACCAAUGAGUCGGGCACUACGUACGUAGAGUGCACUGUUCAGGUGAUUGACAAACCCAGCAGACCCCAGUCUCUGGAGAUCAAGGACAUUAAAAAGGACUCCAUUGUCCUAGAGUGGACACCACCUGUAGAUGAUGGAGGUCUUGAGAUUGAAAAGUAUACGCUGGAGAAGUGCGACAUUCAAAACAAUGUCUGGAUGAAGGUAUCCGACUUUAACAAAGACAUUAAAUCGUAUGCUGUUCAAAAACUGUCGAUGAACGCGCAAUACAUGUUCCGUGUGGUGGCCGCUAAUCCUAUUGGCGCGUCUGAGCCAACGGAAAGUGAUCCAGUGACAAUAACGAAAAAAUUCGAAAAACCAUCGCCUCCUCGUGGGCCUACCACAGUCUCGGGUAUGAACGACACGUCCUUCAAUUUGGCGUGGGAGCCAUCGGAGACCGACGGCGGUUCAAAGAUCAUAGAGUACAUUGUGGAAAUAAGGGAAGAGACUGAAACCACCUAUCGAUCGGUGGGCGUAACCCUGGGCACAGUGACCAACAUCCACGUAGAGAAGGUGGUCAGAAACAAGGGCUACCUGUUCCGCAUAUAUGCGAGAAACGAGGUUGGCACCAGCGAGGCGUUUGAGACCACGGAGAAGAUUGUCGUGGGCCGCAAAAUUACGCCGCCAUCGCCCCCUCAGAACUUGAGGGCCCCGGAUGUCACUAGCCGAAGUGUCACAUUGGAUUGGGAGGUGCCAGCCCGCAACGGUGGAUCAGAAAUCACCGGCUAUUGCGUGGAGAAACGUUCCUCAACAUCUACAAACUGGACGAAGGUCAUUACACUGGAUGCUCACCAGCUGCACUACACAAUUGACAAUCUGAAGGAGAAGUGCGAGUACUGGUUCCGUGUGUCAGCGGAGAAUGAGGUUGGAUUAGGUGCACCAGCCGUCACCGAGAGCAUAUCGCUCAAGACACAUGCUAGUAAGUUCUUAUUGGCAGUUCCUAAUUGUGUAUCCUAUACUGAAUUUGGUUUCCUUACAGCCGUACCCUCACCACCCACCGGCCCACUGGAGGCGCGCGUUCUCGCCGUCAAUGCCCACAUAUUCGAAUGGGGUAUACCCGAGUCAGAUGGAGGUGCGCCUCUGCUCGGCUACCACAUUGCUAUACGGGACAUGAAGAAGACCAUGUGGAUCGAGGUGGGUCGUGUGCCAGCUGGCGUGCAGAAGUUCCAGAUCAGAGACCUGCAGGAGAACCACGAGUACAUGAUUCGCAUAUUCGCGAAGAACGAGAUUGGUCUAAGUGAACCUCUGGAAUCGGAGGAGCCCUACAAGGCAAUGACUGCUGGUCAUGAGAUCCUGCCGGACGAGCCGCGCACGGAGAUGAGUUCGUGCAACACCUCCUCGUGGCUGCGUGACCACCACAUGGAUGCAGAUAUUCAUUCGUAUGCCCGCGGCAGGCUGCUUCAACGCGAUGAGUACUUCUUCCGGUUGUGGGCUGACUUGCCCAAGAGCAAAAAGAAGAAGAGCUCCAAAUAGUCGAUGAACGACAACGAAAUAAGAAACACUUUAGUCGUAGGUUAAGCGUAUUUCAAUUGUAUUUUAUAUAUCAACAACACAAUGGGGAGAACCCCCUUGAUUUUAUAGCUUUUUGUACUUUAGUAAAGAUGACGAAAUGUGAGGAUGGUGUAAUGUAAUGUGGCAUCCCAUUGAUAGCGAUGCCCACGACCCCCGAUCAAAGAGUGCGAGCGAAGAAUAAACUUAAUGCUCGGGUGCGUGGGCGUGGCUCAAUGCCUUUGGAUGGCCAUUACGCCAUUCAAUUAACGGACAUAAUUUUAGAUUUUUCAUUUGCAUAGAGUUCCUUUUUGGUUUUAUAUUGUUUUACUUGUGCCUUAUUUUUGUAAGCUGUGAUAAAUCUAUCAAAAUCGAAAGCGUCAAACGAAGCAACAAAACAUUAAACUGAAUAAAAAUGCCACCAAGCGCCAAUCCAUCGGCAUCGGGCAACGGGAGCCAACGAGCCACAACCCUCCAAACGCCCAAUGCCAUCUCCAUCCCAGCCAGCGUAACUCAAUAUCCUCUCGGGAGACAAAACAACAAAUGGUGCAAUUCGAUAUGAGUUAUUCCUGGGGAGUGUGUUGCGAGUCGCUGGCUGCCGUUGCCUUUGUCCUGGAUUCGCCUUGGUUUAAAUUUAUGGCAUAGGAAUAUGAGAGGGAAUAUACUCGUGUGUCUUUAAAGUUACCAGAGCUAAAUAAAUAAAUUGUAUAAAAUAU